CCAGCCUUGCCUCGGGUGUAGGGAUUGCAAGGGAAAAAGCAAAACUACAUGGCAAAGAUCCUGUGUAGUUUUGUUUUUUGGGAUAUUUCGAGGCUAAACCGUUCUCACACUGUGUUUUCUGAAGUCAUAUCUGGAUAAGGACUUUGUUUCUGAAGACAAAACCUAGGGCUCCGUCCCUCUAAUUCAAGGCACUCUUGUGGAUACAAGGUGCCUUCCACCAUGUCAACCCAAGCACCAACAUUUACACAGCCGCUUCAGAGCGUUGUGGCACUUGAGGGUAGUGCUGCAACGUUCGAAGCUCAAGUUAGUGGUAAUCCAGUUCCAGAGGUGAGCUGGUUUCGUGAUGGCCAGGUUCUUACUGCUGCCACUCUGCCUGGCACUCAGAUCUCGUUCAGCGAUGGCCGCGCUGUUCUGAUGAUCCCUGCUGUGACAGCCGCACACAGCGGAAGAUUUUCUGUGAGAGCCACCAAUGGCGCUGGACAAGCUACUAGCACUGCUGAACUACUGGUUACAGCUGAAACUGCACCACCAAACUUCAUUCAGAGACUACAGAGUGUGACCGUUAGACAAGGAAGCCAAGUGAGACUGGAUGUUCGAGUUACAGGAAUCCCUACACCUGUGGUGAAGUUCUACAGAGAGGGAGCUGAGAUUCAGAGCUCUGCUGACUUUCAGAUUGUUCAAGAAGGAGAUCUUUACAGUUUGUUGAUUGCUGAGGCCUUCCCAGAAGAUUCUGGAACUUAUUCUGUCAAUGCUUCUAACAGCAGUGGACGUGUGACCUCUACAGCCGAACUUUUGGUUCAAGGUGAGGAGGUUGCAGUGCCUGCAAAGAAGACCAAGACAAUUGUGACGACUUCUCAGAUUUCACAGACCCGCCAGUCUAGAGUUGAAAAGAGAAUGGAGACCUCUUUUGGGUCUACAACCAUGAUGGAAAUGCAAAUAGAGGAAGGUGAUUUGGCUCACAAGACACCCCCUCGUGUGCCUCCAAAGCCGACCUCCAAGUCCCCAACCCCACCGUCAGUGGUGUCAAAGGUUGCAGUUACUCGCCAUCAGUCACCAUCACCUGUUAGGCCUGUUAAAGCCCCUGUUCAUACACCUCACAGGCCUUCUUCCCCUUCAAGACUUUCUGUGUCACCUAUCAGACCAGUGAAGUCUCCAGUGACUACACACAAACAAGCUGCACAGGGUGCAGAUGUUCUGCCUCCAUGGAAGCAGGAGGGUUAUGUGGGAGAGUCUAGCUAUACCAGCAUGACAUCUGAGGCCCCAUAUGUCCAGACCUCCUCUGCAUUUCUCCACAAGGAGCAGCAAUGGGAAGGUUCUUUUGCUAUGCAGCAACAAGUCAGUGGAGUCGCUGUCAAAGAGAUUGUUGAGACUGCAGCAAUUCCAUCCCACACAAAAGAGCAAGUAAUGCCACCAACUAUUGUGGCUGGUUUGAAGAACGUAACUGUUACUGAGGGAGAAUCUGUGACUCUGGAGUGCCAGAUUUCAGGAUACCCCACUCCAGCAAUUAUGUGGUUUAGAGAGGAUUACAGGAUCGAGAACUCCAUUGAUUUCCAGAUCUUUUAUGAAAAUAGCUAUGCAAGGUUGGUGAUCCGCGAGGCCUUUGCUGAAGACAGUGGUCGCUUUACUUGCACUGCUACCAGUGAAGCAGGAACUAUCAGCACCUCCUGCUAUUUGCUUGUCAAAGUGUCAGAAGAAAUCGAAAGCCGGGAGGAUUUCACUACUGUCACUGAGCAUGUUGAAAUGUCUGCUCAUGAAAGACAGGUUGCAGUUGAAACCAGAAAGGAGACUAUGUCUGAAAUUAGUGCUGUCUCUGAAUCUGUGGAGGCUGGAGCAGGUGUUGCCCCAUUCUUUGUGAAGAAACCUACAGUGCAAAAGCUAGUGGAGGGAGACAGCAUAGUCUUUGAGUGCCAGAUAGGAGGCAGUCCCAAGCCUCAUAUUUACUGGAAGAAGAGUGGAAUUCCACUGUCUACUGGAUACAGGUACAGAGUGGCCUACAAUAAAGACUCAGGGGCAUGCAGGCUGGAGAUCUCCAUGACAUUCUCAGAUGAUGCAGGAGAGUACACCAUCCUCGCCAAGAACUCUCUUGGAGAGAUCUCUGCCUCAGCCAUGCUGCUCGAGGAAGAGGCAUAUGAGCUGUAUAUGAAGAAACAGGAAGAGACAUUCAAGACAGAAGUAACUACUAUAAUUCAGGAGCCAAAAGUGGCUGUUGUACCUGUUGUUGUUGAGAGUGUAGCUGAGAAAGAGCAGAUGCUCAUACAGAGGAGGAUGGCUCAACAAACCCAAAUGAUGCAAUCCCUAAUUUUAGAGCAGGAGUUCCAAAUAUCUACUUUAGAGCAGAGAUUCAUUCAGGAGAUUGAGUUCUGUUUACUUAAAAUUACCUACCAGCAGCUGGUGACUGAGGAGGGGGAGCAGAUGGAUAUGAGUGUUUCUGAGCAUGAUGCUAUUUCACCAGUCUUCAAUACUUCAGUUAAAAGUUACAGACUCAGGGAGGGGAUGAGUGCAACUUUCCAUUGUAGGAUGACAGGAACCCCACUCCCUAAGAUUUUCUGGUACAAAGAUGGCAAGCGCAUUAGCCAUGGAGGCCGAUAUCAGAUGGAGGUUCUGCAGGAUGGUAGAGCCAGUCUGCGCCUUCCUGCAGUGCUACCAGAAGAUGAGGGUGUCUACACUGCUUUGAUCAGUAAUAUAAAGGGCAGUGCUGUCAGCUCUGGAAAGCUCUAUGUAGAGCCAACCGGUGUUGCACAGCCACAGCAUCCUCAUCCAGAGGCAAUUCAAAGAAUCAGAUCCACAUCACCACUCUCUACAAGCCGUUCUCCUGGUCGCUCACCUGCUCGUAGACUUGAUGAGACAGAUGCGUCGCAGCUAGAAAGACUCUACAAGCCUGUGUUUGUACAGAAGCCAUCAUCCUUCAAGUGUUCUGAGGGACAGACUGCAAGAUUUGAUCUGAAAGUAGUUGGAAGACCCAUGCCUGACACCUACUGGUUCCACAAUGGACAGCAAGUGGUCAAUGACUACACUCACAAGAUUGUGGUAAAGGAAGAUGGAACUCAGUCAAUGAUUGUGGUUCCUGCCAUGCCUCAGGACUCUGGAGAAUGGACAGUUGUUGCUCAGAACAGAGCUGGAAAGACAACAGUUUCUAUGACUCUCACUGUUGAAGCAAAGGAAAACCUGGUGAGACCCCAGUUUAUUGAGAAGCUGAGAAACAUCAGUGUUAAAGAGGGUACUUUGGUUGAACUGGCUGUUAAAGCAAUUGGCAAUCCACUUCCUGACAUUGUCUGGCUUAAGAAUAGUGACAUUGUCUCCCCACACAAACACCCAAAUAUUAGGAUUGAUGGUGGAAAAGGAGAGGCUCAUUUCCAGAUUCAAUCGAGUACAGGAUCUGAUAGCGCAUGGUACACUGCUACAGCUAUUAACAAAGCUGGCAGAGAUACCACACGCUGCAGAGUCAAUGUUGAGGUAGACGCAAUACAACCUCAGCCUGAGAAGAGGCUUGUCAUUCCCAAGGGUACUUACAAGGCCAAAGAAAUUGCUGCACCAGAGUUGGAGCCACUGCAUCUUCGCUAUGGUCAGGAACAAUGGGAGGAGGGUGACCUCUAUGACAAGGAGAAGCAACAGAAGCCACACUUCAAAAAGAAGCUUACCUCAGUCAGGCUGAAGCGAUUUGGACCUGCACACUUUGAGUGCAGACUCACCCCUAUUGGUGACCCAACCAUGAUUGUUGAGUGGCUGCAUGAUGGCAAGCCUCUAGAAGCUGCUAACAGACUGCGCAUGGUCAAUGAGUUUGGCUAUUGUAGUCUUGACUAUGAAGCUGCUUACUCCAGAGAUAGUGGUAUCAUUACUUGCAGAGCCACCAACAAGUUUGGAGUUGACCAGACCUCUGCUACACUAAUUGUUAAAGAUGAGAAAAGCCUUGUUGAGGAAAGUCAGCUCCCAGAGGGAAGGCGAGGCCAAAGAAUAGAUGAAAUGGAGCGUAUUGCCCAUGAGGGUGGCCCCUCAGGAGUUACUGGAGAUGAAAUCUCAGAGAAGUCCAAGCCAGAUAUUGUACUUCUUCCAGAGCCAGUAAGAGUCAUGGAGGCAGAAACAGCUAAAUUCCGCUGUAGGGUGACUGGCUACCCUACCCCAAAAGUCAACUGGUACCUCAAUGGGCAGCUCAUCCGCAAAAGUAAGCGAUUUAGACUACAAUAUGAUGGUAUUCACUAUUUGGAAAUCACAGACUGUAAGUCCUAUGAUUCAGGAGUUGUCAAAGUUGUGGCUGAAAACCCUGAAGGUAUUGUUGAGCAUGUUGUGAAAUUUGAGAUUCAGCAGAGGGAAGACUUCAGGUCGAUCCUGCGUCGUGCGCCUGAGUUUAAGGCCCCUGCUCCUGAACCAGUAAAAGAGCAUGGCAGAGUCUCAUUCGAGGUUGUCACAGCAGAAAAACCAUCAGAGACAACUAAAGAACCCAAGGAGGUGGUCAAGCUGAGGAAAACGGAAAGAGUGAUGCAUGAGAAACUAAAAGAAGAGACGGAGGAACUAAAAAGCAAAUUUAAGCGUAGAACCCAGGAGGGCUACUAUGAAGCAAUUACAGCAGUAGAGCUCAAGUCCCGCAAGAAGGAUGAGUCUUAUGAGGGUAUGCUAAAAAAGAGGAAAGAAGAGCUUCUUCAUCAUAAAGAACUAAUGCUUGAUGCUGAGAAGAAGAAAGAAGAGGAACGUAAACUCACUGCCACCAAAUUGAAACCAGAGAAAAUCGUACUCUCUCCUAGCAUGGAGGCUCCAAAAAUUAUGGAACGGAUCCAGAGCCAGACUGUUAGCCUAGGUGAUGAAGUACAUUUUCGUUGUAGAGUCACUGGCAAACCAGAUCCAGAGUGUCAAUGGUUCAAGAAUGGAAUCUUAUUGGAUAAAUCAGACCGUGUAUACUGGUAUUGGCCAGAGGACCAUGUCUGUGAAUUAGUGAUCAAAAAUGUUGCAGCUGAGGACUCUGCAAGUGUCAUGGUUAAAGCCAUGAAUGUUGCUGGAGAGACUUCAAGCCAUGCCUUCCUGUUGGUUCAAGUCAAACAAGUUGUUUUAUUCAUGCAACAACUAGAAGAUCAGAAUGCUAAAGAGAAGGACUCAAUUGUGACCUUUGAAUGUGAGACAAAUGAGCCAUUUGUCAAGGUCAAAUGGCUAAAAAACAAUGCCGAAAUUUUCUCAGGAGACAAAUACAGAAUGCACUCUGACAGAAAGGUACAUUUUCUGUCUGUGCUGAUGAUUUCUAUGACAGACGAAGCAGAAUACAGUUGCGUGGUGGUUGAUGAUGACCACAUAAGAACAAGUGCCUCACUUUAUGUUGAAGGUGCGCCACUUGAAAUUGUAAAGAACCUUGAGAAUACAGAAGUGCCUGAAACAUACUCAGGAGAAUUUGAAUGUGUUGUGUCCCGUGAGGAUGCAGAAGGUUCCUGGUAUUUUGAAAACAAACAAAUCACUCCUAGUCUCAAAUAUGUUGUCUCUGCACGCCGUGGUCGCCAUAGUCUUUCCGUGAAAGAUGUUAAGAAGGAGGACCAAGGAAAAUACACUUUUAAAGUGGGAGAUUUUAAGACGAGUGCCACCCUUAAGAUGAAAUUGCGCCCUGUAACUUUGAUGCAAGGUCUUUCUGACCUGACAGUCUGUGAGGGUGAUAUCGCCCAGCUCGAGGUGCGAUUCUCUCAGGAAAAUGUUGAGGGCUCAUGGAUGAAGGAUGGUCAAGCUAUCUCUGCUUCCAAUAAGAUUCACAUGGUCAUUGACAAAGUCACCCAAAAGCUUCUCAUUGAAGACGCCAAUAAGGAUGAUGCAGGAAUGUACUCCUUUGUUGUUCCUGCUCAGAAUAUUUCUACAACUGGAAAGCUAACAGUUCGAACAAUUGGCUUUGUUACACCACUAAAGGACAUAUCCACAGUGGAAGGCACCAAAGCUGUCCUUGAGGCUAAAAUCUCUGCUGCUGACAUUAGCUCAGUAAAAUGGUAUCACAAUGAAAAACUGUUGAUGCCAAGCGAUAGAGUCCAGCUGGUUGUCAAAGGAUCCAAGCAGAGACUGGCCAUUAGCAGGACCUAUGCAUCAGAUGAAGGACAAUAUAAACUGAUUGUUGGCAAAGCAGACUCAACCUGUAAACUUUCUGUCCAGAAAGCCACUAUUGUUAAGCACAUGGAGGACUGUGUUUGCACCGAGACCCAGAAUGUCACCUUUGGUGUAGAGGUAUCUCACCCUGGCAUUGAUGCUCUCUGGACUUUCAAGAAUCAACCUUUAAAGGCAGGUGCAAAGUACAAGAUUGAGGGCAAAGGUACACACUAUAGUCUCACUGUUUUGAAUGCCAUGAAGGAUGAAGAAGGAGAGUACGUUUUUAUGGCUGGUGAGAAGGAAUCCAGAGCAAAGCUAAUUGUAUCAGGUGGUGCUGUAAAUAGGCCACUCCAUGACGUAACUGUAGCAGAAUCCCAGACUGCUGAGCUGGAGUGUGAAGUUGCUAAUCCCACUACAGAAGGCAAAUGGCUGAAAGAUGGCCAACCUGUUGACUUUGGCGAUAAUGUCAGGAGUGAAAAUAUUGAUGCUGUCAGACGCCUUGUCAUUGUCAUCACCAGGCCACAGGAUGUUGGAGAGUACACCUACCAGGUGGCAAACUCCAUGACAUCAGCCAACCUAAAGGUUGAAGCUGUUAAAAUCAAGAAGACUAUGAAGAACCAAACUGUUACUGAGACUCAGGAGGCAGUCUUCAGUCUUGAACUUACCCAUAUAGAUGUGAAAGGAUCUCAGUGGAUCAAGAAUGGUGUUGAGAUUCAUCAAAGUGAUAAAUUUGAGAUUAUAGUAGACGGCUUUUUUCACACCCUGAAGAUCAAGAACUGCAACACUCAAGAUGAAUCAGUCUAUGGAUUCAAACUUGGAAAACUCUCUGCUAAUGCCAGACUGAAUGUCGAAACUAUCAAAAUUGUGAAAAAACCUAAGGAUAUGACAUCACUGUUGGGUGCCACUGCAUCGUUUGAGCUGAGUUUGUCCCACGAUGAUAUUCCAGUUAAGUGGAUAUUCAAUAAUCAAGAGCUCAAGCCAAGUUCGAAUAUAAAAAUACUGUCUGAGAGGAAAGCCCACAAACUCAUAAUUCAGAGUGUUGAAGGCCACAUGACAGGAGAAUAUAUUGCCAUGGUUGGACAUUUGCAGUGCAGUGCACAUCUUCAUGUUGAAUAUUUGAAAGUUGUAAAACCUCUAAAGAACAUUGAGGUUCCAGAGACCCAUGUAGCCACAUUUGAGUGUGAGGUUUCACAUUUCAAUGUUCCUUCCACCUGGCUAAGAAAUGGAGUUGAGAUUGAGAUUAGCGAGAAGUAUGGAUUUGUGGAGCAGGGCAAGGUGCACCAACUGAAAGUCAUGAACAGCAGCCAAGAGGACGCUGCAGAAUACACAUUUGUGUGCGGAAAUGACAGAGUCUCUGCUAAUCUGACUGUUAAAUCAAUUCAAAUCACUCCCAUGCUUCAAGAUCUCAAUGCUAAAGAAAAAGACACUGUUACUUUUGAGACAACUGUCAACUAUGAAGGCAUCAACAGCAAAUGGCUGAAGAAUGGAGUAGAGCUCAGAUCCAGUGAUAGAUGCCAAAUUCGCAGCAAACAGUUGACUCACACUCUCAAUAUCCGCAACGUUCAUUUUGGGGAUGCUGGAGAGUACAAGUUUUUGGCUGGAUCUGCUGAGACCUCAGCCAAACUCUUUGUUGAUGCUCGUGUAAUUGAAUUCACCAAGCAAAUUAAGGAUAUCAAUUUAACAGAGAAGAAGAAGGCUAUCUUUGAAUGCGAGCUCUCUGAACCCAAUGUCCAAGUGAUGUGGAUGAAGAAUGGACAGGAACUUGAGUUAUCAGACAGGUUCAAAGCCACCACUGAAAAAUUCCUGCAGCGACUUAUUAUCCAGACAGUGCGCAUGUCUGAUUCUGGAGAGUACUCUGUGGUUGCUGGUGCGAGUGUUUCUAAGGCAAACCUCACAGUGGAGGGCAAGGAUGUCCGCAUCUCUGAGCCAGCUGAGAAGGAUAUCACUGUGGUUGAGAAACAGAGGGCUUCAUUUGAGUUUGAAGUUAAUGAGGAUGAAAUUGAAGGCCGCUGGUUAAGAAAUGGUGUUGAAAUCCAGUCUUUUGAAGAACGCUUCAGCUAUUUGACAGUUAGAAAGACACAUCGGUUGACAAUCACUGAAACUUACAGAAGUGAUGCUGGCGAAUAUACUUUCAUUGCGGGAAAGAAUAGGAGCAUGGUCAAUCUACAUGUCAAGAUCCCCGAGCCUCCUCAGAUCAUCAGGCACAUGCAGACUCUGUCUGUUGAGGCUGGCAAACCUGCACGCUUCUCUGUGGAAGUGACAGGAACUCCUCAGCCCAAGGUGACCUGGUAUAAGAACUCUCAGGCCCUGUCUUCUGGUUUCAAGUGUAACUUCCUAAGGGAGGGAAAUGAGCACAUAUUGUUGCUCAUCGAGGUCUUUCCAGAAGAUGCAGCUCAGUACAACUGUGAAGCAAAGAAUGACUAUGGAGUAGCCACAAGCUCUGCUGCACUUAAUGUUGAAGUGUUAGAGGUGGUUUCUCCAGACACUGGGGCUCCAGUGUCUCCACCAGUUAUCAUUGACUCAUUGCAAGAUAUCUCUACUGAAGAAGGAGAGUCAGCCAGAUUCCAAUGCCGUGUCUCUGGAGAUGAUCUGAAGAUUACCUGGUUCUACAGAGAUAGGGAAAUUGUGCAGUCUGACAAUUACAAAAUGUCCCAUUAUCAUGAUAGCUGCCAGCUUGAGAUCUCCAGAGCUUAUGCCAAAGAUGCAGGAGAAUACUUGUGUGUUGCACGCAAUUCUGGAGGAAUGGUCUCUUGCUCUGCAGUUUUGACCGUUAAUGAUCUCAGUGUGAAAACAGUAGAUAGUCAAAGUGUUUCGCGCACUGGAAUAACUCAUUCGGAGAUGGUCACCUCCCAGACCACAAGUGAGACUCUUUCUUCCACUAUGCAAACGUUUCAAACUGUGUCUACAGUGAUGAUGUCGACAACAUCUGUAAAAAGCAUAGAGGUUCAACAAGUUACCUCUGUGGAAGAAUACUCAACAGGUCCUGUUUUGACCCUGAAAAUGUGUGAUCUCAAUGUCAACCUGGGUGGUGUGGCUCAGUUCAACUGUUCCUUCAGUGGACAGCCAUUUACUGAAAUUGUAUGGGAUCAUAAUGGAAGGAAAAUCACAAAUACAGAAAGAGUUCAGUAUGUACAUCAAGGAGGGGUCAUAUCUCUCAUCAUAUUCAAUGUCCAGCUUGGGGACCAGGGAAGUUACUGCUGUACUGUUAAUAACAUAAAUGGCGAGAAUCGAACAUCUGCGCAGCUCAUGGUGGAAGCUAAAGAAGCGAGUCCCAAAGAAACCCCUGUACCCUCUGAUUCUAUCAGUAAAUCUUCUAAAACUGAAAAUGAGUCAAGUAAAAAGGCCUCUGAGCAAGCAAAGCAGGAGUCCUUACAGAAUGUUGGAGACUUGACAACAAAGUUGCAGAUAAGCCGACAUUGCUAUCCUGAUGUUAUACCUUUGUUGGAGCGUGACAUGUAUGAUGCGAUUCAGCCAGAUUUCCUUGUGAAACUGUCCCCAGAAUUCCUUGCCAAACAAAGGGAGAGUGCUUCUCCUUAUUAUAUAAUAAAAGGAAGCCCCUCUCCAUUCGUUUCAUGGCUACACAACCAGUUGAUUGUUGAAGAGCCAAGGGUGUACUCCUUGAAACAUGAUGGGCCCUUGUACUGCUUAAAUGUAAAGAAUAUCAGUUCUGGGCAAGGGAGCGCAUAUUCUUGCAAAGUUAUCAGUGCUGCAGGAGACAAAAUAUGCAGCCCUCAUCUCAGAGUGAAGACAGUUUUCAAAGUGGAUGAAGAAGCCAGUUGUGAAGAAGCAAGAGCAUUUUCUACCCUGGCUAUAUCAGCUGACGAGGACUCUUGCACAACAAGAAUUUGUGUUAAAGAAAAAAGCAAAACAUUUGAACUUCAGCCAGAGUCUAAAUUAUUUUCAGAAUCAUUAGAAAAGAAAUUUGAAAGGCCAGUCUUUCUAACCAAAUUCUCACCAGCAACUGCAACUGUUGGAAACACAGCCAAAUUUACUGUGAUGGUAUGUGGCUUUCCUAAACCAGAUAUUCAGUGGUACCACAAUGGCCAAAUAAUAACAUCCUCAUCUCUCUAUUCAUUCAUCCAAGAGAAUGAAGAACAUACUCUUGUCAUAUCUAAUAUUACGAAAGUGUUGGAAGGAGAGUAUUCUUGCACCGCAAGCAACCAAUUUGGCAAGUCAACAUGUACUUCCUAUCUUUAUGUAGAGGCAAGGGACACAAUGAAAAAGAAAGAGUUAAUUGGGCUGCCUCCAUACUUCAUCAAAGUAAUUGAAUCUGUGCAGUGCACAGUUGGGAGCCAUGCUCUCUUCGAAUACACAGUUACAGGGAGUCCACAUCCUGAUGUUCAGUGGUACAAGGGUAGCAGUCAUAUGCAACCUAGUAAGUACUGUAUCAUUGUGAACAAUACUGAUGGGUCUGGCUAUUUGAAGAUAUUGGGCAUUCAACAAGGCGACAGUGGUGUUUACUCUUGUAGGGCAUGUAAUCCUCUUGGAGAAACCUCUUGUAGUGCUGAACUUGUUGCACUUGUGGAGACUGAACAAUUUUCUGAAGAACUCACUGAAUCGGGUUUGUAUAUUGUGAACUUUGGCACUAAAGACAGUCAAAUUGUUGCAAGUAAGCAGACAGAUACAUUGCCUGCAUUAGAUAUAUCUGCAGCCACUGUGCACAUGGAGCAGGUAACAUGCCACGCUGCAGAGUUGCAAUCUUAUGAUGUGCAGGAGGGAGUGAACAUUCCCCCUGUCCAGCCAAAGCCAGUAUUGGCAACUUCUUUGAAAGAGCUCCACGUGGCUGCAAUGACCUCUUCUGUUCAAGAAAGCCAAAGCUUGAUGGAGCAGCACUGCGAUUAUAUUGUAAGUCCGGAUGUAAAAGAGCUUGAGCUGACUGUUGAGGAGUCAUCAAAACUUAUGUCUGCCAUUUCAGAGACUACUAUAUCACUAACAAUUGAAAAGACUGAAGAUUUAAUUAAAAAGGAAACAGAAAAGGCACAGAUAGCUUCAGAAUCAAAGAUUGUUGUUAGUGGUCCACAAGUUGAAACUAUGUUACCGAUUCUUAAAGAGGAAUACACAAGUAUUCCAAGUCCUGAAGAGGAAAGAAGCUACAGAGUUAAAGAAGGGGUUAAAUUAUUGUAUACUGCAACAUCAUCAGGAAAUGUAAUGCUUAAAGAGAGUCAUAGUUCAGAGCUAUCAACCGUAGAGUCCAAUGAAUGUUUGCCAGAAAAGGAAUGGUUCAAACCAGUUCUUUCAUCUGUCAGUGAGACUAAAUACACUCUUUUAAAAGAAAAGACCUUUGAAAUGCAUAGAGCAGUUGAGGAAACUGCCCAGCUCUCUAAAGUUACAGUAUUAAACUCAGCCUCGAUUACUGAGGAAAAAAACAAGCUUCAAGCUGACAAAACCUCCGUAAUACCUAGCCUAGCUCAGCCUUUUUCAGUGGAUUCCCAGAAAGAAGAGGAUCAGGAGCUUCAUUUACAGCUAAUCAGUGACCAAGAAACUCUUCAGUCUGAGGGCAGAUUCACUAGUGAGAAACCAAAUAUAGAGCAAGCUGAUAUUACACAAAUUGUAGUUCUUUUACACUCAGUUUCUUCUGAUGAACAGAAAACAGUCUCUUGUGAACAGAUAUCACAGUUUGAAUCCAAAGAUACGACAGUGGUCUUAAAGCCUCGGGUAGAGGGUCCUGCCAGAUUACAUCUUCACUCUGUGCAGUCAGAAACAGCAUUAUAUAAAGAAGGAUUACUUUCUAGCGAAAAGCAAGACAAGCAGACAGCCAUCCAGAGACAAGAAAAAGACAGAAAAUAUGUAGGUACCAAAGAAGAAAGAGUGCAACUGACAGUAGAUUAUACCAAAGAUCUUGAUGUGACAGUACAAGGGUUUAAGAUUGAGCACAAAACAGAGACCAGACCCUUGAGUGUUCUUCAGGUAGUCUCACAGCCUCUGCUGCUUUCAAAGGAAAGCCCUAUAAAAAGUGAUGUCAAGCAGCAUGUUGCACUUGUGCAGAAAGAGGAUUACUGGAAUAACAUACAUGCAGCAUCAGUGUCUGAAUGUCAUUCUAUAGAAGAGAGGCUCACAGACAGUUUAAAAGCAGUUGAAAUGUUCACUUGUAAGACAGAUGUAGAGGCUGAAGUACCAGUUCAGUCUUUCCACAUAGAGGAAAAAGCCAUAACAACAGAACGUUGCAUUGCUCUUGAGGCUGCAGAGCAAGACCUUGCAGUUGUAAUUAAAGAGGGUCAGUCUGUCAGGCAGUCCAUACUAAUGGAUGAAAAACAUAUUCUGACUGGUGAAAUGUCUCAGAGCAUUCCUAGAUCAGAGGCAGCAAAAAUAAGUAUUUCAACUCAGCCAACAGAACCUCUUUUUAUAACUGAAUCACAGGAAAGCAAAACUCUUCCAAAGGAACUUACUUUUGUGAUUCCUGUACCAAAAGAACACAGCCUGCAUGUCAAACAGCAGUUGAAAACAACACUUCUGUCUGCUGUGGCUUGCGAUCAACCAUUAAUUUUGGCAGAUGUAGUGGGAAGUUUAGGAGCUGUGGAAGUGAAGGAGGUUAAGGUUCAUAAUGAACCAAAAUACACAAUGUUGACCUACCUAAUUACAACGGUUGGUCCAUCCAUAGAAAUAACAAUUGCCUUUGAGUGUGAAUACCCUCAGAGAGCUGCUCUUAAAAAUGAGCUUCAUGCUGCCUUCUACUCUAUACUUAAUCAGGAGCAGCAUGUCCUGAGUACUGAACAGCCAGGUCCUAUUCUCCAUGACAGGCCUAAGAAGUUGCAGGUUACCAGAGUGUCUCCAAAUCCAUUUUUCUCACCAAUUUUGACAGAAAAUGUAGAAGUGUUUUCAGGACCCACAAAGCAGUCUGCUGUUCUACAAACAGAAACCAAUGUCUGUUUCCAAUCUACUGUAUCUCAAAGACAAACUUAUAUCCAAGAGUCAUGCGACCACAUGGCUCAAAUGGCUGUUGAAUCCAAAAUGGAGAUCCAUAGUUUCACUGACACUGAAAGCAAGGAAAUUCAGUCUAUUGCAGCUGAACGUUUUGGCAGAGAUUUAGCAGAUAAUACAAUCGAUGCAUCUAUCAGACAGGUCACUGUCGAACAGUCCAUGGAUGUCCACGUUCAAGAAGAAGGCAAAAGAGAGGAGUUUUUAACAGAGGACAUUUUGAUAAAGACAACAUCAGAGGUCUUUUUUGAAAUUCCUUUAAAAGACAUUACUGCAGAGGAGAAUUCUAAGGUUGAGUUGUCGGUGAGAAUAAAGAACGCAGAAAGUGUUAACUGGCUUUUUAAUGGAAUAUUUAUCAAGUCUGGCAAAGAGUUCAAAUGUACAAAGAACAAUGACACUUACACAUUAGUAAUCAACAAAGUUAUCAAAGAGAAACAUCAAGGUGAAUAUACCUGUGAGUCUGUGAAUGAAGCUGGCAAGAUGUCAUCAUCAUCAUCAAUGCUCACUGUGGUCUCAAGAGUGCCUCCAGUUUUCAAGAGGAAGAUUAGUGACAUAGAUUGCAACAUUGGCAGCCCUGUGAAGCUUGAAUGCGAGAUUUAUGAUGCACCCAAUGUGACCUUCAAGUGGUUCAAGUCUGGCUCAGCGAUUAGACAGAGUGAAAAAUACAGGAUCAUCAGCAGGCACAGCUUAUCAUCUCUGGAGCUCCUCAGCCCAACAAAGGCAGACAGUGGAGAAUAUACCUGCUGCAUCUCCAACAAGCAUGGUAGUGACAGCUGCACAGCAAGCCUGAACAUCACUGAACCCCCCUCCAUCAGAAAAGAAUUACCAAUGCUGGAAGUAGUGAAUGGAACCAGUGCUUUAUUUUGGAGUGAGGACAUUGGUACUGCCCCAUCUGAAAUGAAUUGGCUGAAAAAUAAGAGGCAUGUCACAUCUGACAAAAGUCAAAUUAUCUUUGAAGAUUUGAUUGAAUAUUUGGAGAUACAUCCUUUUGAAAAUUUAGAUGUUGGGGAGUACCAAUGCUUCCUGUCAAACGAAGUUGGGAAAAUCACCUCAAAAUCAGUUGCUUUGAUAAGAGAGCCUGCCUGCUUUGUGAAAAAGUUGACAGACAUGGCUGUCCCAUUGAGUCAGAAACUGAGGCUUCAGUGCACAUUCACCGGAGCACCGAAGAUAUUUGUUACAUGGUACAAAGAUGGAAAGCAGCUAUAUGCCUCAUAUAGAUACAACACAAGAAUCAUUGAGAACACUUGUAUCUUGGAAUGUCUCCAUGAGAAUAAUAAAGACACUCCUGGAAAGUACUCUUGUGAAGUAGCAAAUUCACUCGGCACCGAUAUCUGUCAUGCCAAUGUAACUACAGUGACAGAACCUGCCAGAUUUGAACAGAAGCUUAAGGAUAUAAAAGUCGCCAUGAGCAAAAAACUGAAGCUUGAGUGCACAUUUACCGGAGCUCCAAAACUCUUUGUCACCUGGUACAAGGAUGGCAAGCAAGUCUAUGCCUCUUAUAGAUACAACACUACAGUUGUUGGAAACACCUGCACUCUGGAAUGCCUACAUGAAUGCACUAAAGAUACUCCUGGAAAGUACUCCUGUGAGGUGUCAAAUUCAUAUGGAACCGAUAUCUGUCAUGCUAAAGUGACCACAGUCUCUGGGCCUGCUCAUUUUGUGAAGAAGCUCACAAACCAGAUUCUUCAAAAGGGACAAAAAUUAAUACUCGAAUGCUCCUUUACUGGAAUUGAAAUGCUGUUUGUCACAUGGUACAAAGAUGGCAAACAGCUCUAUGCUUCCUAUAAAUGGAACACAAAAGUAAUUGGAAAAACUUGCAUUUUGGAAAGUCUUCAUGAGUGUGACAGUGAUACUCCUGGAAGAUAUUCUUGUGAGGUUACAAAUGAAGAUGGCUCAGAUAUAUGCCAUGCUCAGGUCACCUGUGCAACAGAGCGCAAAAUUCCACCAACCUUCACUAAGAAACCCUCAGAGCAAAUUGAGGAUGCAGAGGGCAAAUUGGUGAAGCUUGAGGCUCGAGUAGCUGGGUCACAACCUCUGUUUGUGAGCUGGUACAAAGAUAACAGAGAAAUAUGCACCUCUGAUGUCUAUGAAAUUUCCUUUAUGAGCAACAUGGCUGUGAUGUGUAUCAAAAAGUCCAAAGCCACAGACUGUGGCAUUUACACAUGCAACGCUUCAAAUGAAGCUGGUACUGCCUCCUUCCAAGUUGUGGUUAACAUCAAAGAGCAAAAAAGCCCACCGACUUUUGACAUUCCCCUCAAACCUGUGACGGUGAAUGAGGGUGAAAGGCUAAACCUUAACUGCCAUGUCUCAGGCACUCCUCCUCUGAAGAUCCAGUGGAUGAAAGACCGAAGGGAGGUCACGUCCUCAGCUAGAACUGAAAUAAAAUUUGUGGAUGGCACGGCUACCCUGGAGAUAAACAAGUUAUCCAAAACUGAUUCAGGAGAUUAUCUGUGCAAGGCAACCAACAUUGCUGGUAGUGAAUUCUGCAAGGCCAAAGUAACAGUCACAGAUAAAGCAGGUUCAGCACCUGCAACAACACCGGCAGCACCCUCAGCACCUCAGCAAGUUAAAAAGCUUGACGACCUUUUCUUCAUUGAGGAGCCCAAGAGAAUUCAUAUUAUUGAGAAAGGCACAGCUACAUUCAUUGCUAAAGUUGGGGGUGAUCCCAUUCCUAAUGUGAAAUGGAUGAAGGGAAAAUGGAGACAGAUGACUCAUGGUGGUCGCAUCAACAUUCAACAAAAAGGCCAAGAGGCCAAGCUGGAGAUCAAAGAGGUGACCAAAUCUGACUCUGGUCAGUACAGAUGUGUUGCCUCCAACAAACAUGGAGAAAUUGAGUGCAGCACAGACUUAAAUGUUAAUGAGAAGAGAGACUCUGAGCCUGAGAUGGUGAAACUGAAGAAGACUCCAUCAAAGCAGAAAAGUCUAAAGGAAGACAAAGACAUUGACAUUGUUGAGUUGCUAAGAAAUGUAGACCCAAAAGAGUAUGAGAAAUAUGCUCGCAUGUAUGGUAUCACAGACUACCGGGGUCUUCUUCAAGCAAUUGAAUUUCUGAAGAAGGAGAAGGGUGAAGAAAGUGGAAGAUCGGAAAGUGAACAUGGCAGAGAUGAUGAGGAUUUGGCUAAGCUUGUGUCUGAUUUGCAGAGGAGAAUGGAACACAGUGAACCUGUUACCCUGCUCAAUGACAUCAAUGAUCUGACAACGCAAAUUAACAAAGAGGCAGUGUUUGAGUGCGAGGUUAAAAUCAACUAUCCAGAAAUUACGUUGUCUUGGUAUAAAGAUACACAGAAGCUAGAAACAAGUGAUAAAUACGACAUUAAACUUGUGGGCGAUCGUCACAUUUUGAAGAUCAAAAACUGUCAGACCAGUGACCAGGGAAAUUACCGUGUCGUUUGUGGGCCACAUAUAUCCAGUGCCAGACUGACAGUGUUGGCUGAUCAAAUUCAGUUCACCAAGCGGAUUCAAAAUAUUUUGGUGAAUGAACGCAAGUCUGCCACUUUUGAGUGUGAGUUGUCCUUUGACAACGCAGUCGUCACCUGGUAUAAAGAUGCAUGGGAGCUUAAAGAGAGCCUGAAAUAUAACUUCAGGUGUGAGGGACGAAGGCACUUUAUGAUUAUCCGUAAUGUAACAUCUGAGGAUGAAGGUGUGUACUCUGUGAUUGCGCGACUGGAGCCUGUUGGUGAAACUAAAAGUACAGCUGAGCUUUAUCUGUCAGGCAAAGAAAUUGAUAUAGGAACACAUUCCUUUGAUGUGCCGGAUGUAUCAAUACAUGUGCUUGAUGUAUCAUCUGUGAUUAGUUUUAAAGAUGAAUCCUCAGAAUUUCAUUAUGAAGAAAAGUCUGAAGUAACAGAAAUGAAGAAACCUGUUGAGGAGACAGUAACAAAACGUGAAGUAGAAAGGACAGAAGAGGCACCAGUGAAAGUUCCUGAAGAUAUGAGAAAAAAAGAAGAAAAACCUGACACCUUUGUACAGAGAGCACCAUUUCCGGAGAAAGAACUAGAAGUCAAGAAGCCUGUUGAAGAAAAAGUCAGCUCUGUAAUGGUAACAGAGCAAAAAGAACCACCCAAAGCCAUAGAGCCUAAACCUCAGGUGCCAGCAGAACCCAAAGAGGCUCCAGUGGUUGUGGCUAAACCUGAGCCUGAACCUAAGCCUGAGCCCAAGCUUGAACCAAAACCUGAGCCUAAACCUCAACCAAAAACUACACCAAAACCUGAGGCUGAGCUUAAGCCUGAGCCCAAGCUUGAACCAAAACCUGAGCCUAAACCUCAACCAAAAACUACACCAAAACCUGAGGCUGAGCUUAAGCCUGCAGUUACAAAGAAAGCUGAGGCACCCUCUGUCAAAGCCAUAGAGCCUAAACCUCAGGUGCCAGCAGAACCCAAAGAGGCUCCAGUGGUUGUGGCUAAACCUGAGCCUGAACCUAAGCCUGAGCCCAAGCUUGAACCAAAACCUGAGCCUAAACCUCAACCAAAAACUACACCAAAACCUGAGGCUGAGCUUAAGCCUGAGCCCAAGCUUGAACCAAAACCUGAGCCUAAACCUCAACCAAAAACUACACCAAAACCUGAGGCUGAGCUUAAGCCUGCAGUUACAAAGAAAGCUGAGGCACCCUCUGUCAAAGCCAUAGAGCCUAAACCUCAGGUGCCAGCAGAACCCAAAGAGGCUCCAGUGGUUGUGGCUAAACCUGAGCCUGAACCUAAGCCUGAGCCCAAGCUUGAACCAAAACCUGAGCCUAAACCUCAACCAAAAACUACACCAAAACCUGAGGCUGAGCUUAAGCCUGAGCCCAAGCUUGAACCAAAACCUGAGCCUAAACCUCAACCAAAAACUACACCAAAGCCUGAGGCUGAGCUUAAGCCUGCAGUUACAAAGAAAGCUGAGGCACCCUCUAUCAAAGCUCUUGUGGGGAUGAAGGAAAUAGACACAUCAAAAUUAAAGCUAGAUAGAAAACCUGAGCCUGCGCUUGUUGCACCUGAACCAUCAAAGAAAGAAGUCUUUGCUCUGUUACAAAAUGAAUCCUCCAAAGAUCUCUCAUCUACACCUGUCUUCUCCGAGCCAUCAAGAGUAGAGUCAGCUAGUCAGCUAAAACUUCCACAAACCUCCAUUUCAGAGCCAAAGCCAGUUAGAAAACAAGAAGUCACAUCAACUCCACUAGAGGCUAUUGAAGAAUCUGCAAGAAAACAACUACUCCAAGAGGUUUCCAAAGCAGAAUCUGUUAGAACGUUAGAGCCUUCACCCAAAGCUCCAGAGUCACGUCAAGAAGAACAAGCCAAAGCUAAGCUAACCAAAAAAGUUAGUGAGCGUGCAGAACCAGCACAUCCUAAGAAAGUGAUUCAAGUAAAAGCUGCAGAAGUACCAUCUGAGAUAAAGCCAGAGGCUAAAGCUAAAAUGGAGACUGAGAUGCCCCCAGCCAAAGUCUUUGCAGCCUCAAAGAGAAUUGAUGAAAUACCCCAUACAGAAGUAAGUUCUGAAGUAACUCAGAAAAUGCUAAAGAUUUUCAUGAUGGAGGAAAAGUGUUUGAGGGAGGACAUUGUGGAGAGUGAGGGUGAAGGCAUCCCUCAUCCACCUGAGGAAAUUUUGUCUGACCAAUAUCCUACUGCAAGGAUGGAUGUGAGUCAUCACAGCAUGGAAUCAACUGCGGAAGAUGUGAUAAUUGAAACAGAGGUUACCUGGAAGCAUGAACAAGCCAGUUAUUUAGAGAUAAUGCAAAGUAAAGAGAUAACUCAGCUGAAACAGUCAAAACAGAAGAUGCAAACUGAGAAAAAAGAGAGAAAAAUAGAGAUAUCAAGCACUGAAAAAAUAGAUGAACAAUCUCUGCCUCUAAACAGUGAGACCUCACUGAAGAGGCAAGAAAUUGGGCCAGAUCAAAAUAAUUCAAUGAAAGAAAUGUCACUCCAAAACAGAGAUGUCACCCCCAGAAAAGAGGUGGCCAUUCAAGGAGAAAAGGAAGAUCUCAAGAACGAUACUAAGGCUACUCCUUUAAAGAAGUCUGCCCAUGAAACCAAGAGAUCACAAAAGGAAACCCCACAGAUAUUACCAGAAAUAGCACCAAUAGUAGCACCAGAACAGAAGGGAUCUAAAUUGAAGGAUGUGCAUAAAGCUUUUGAAAGAGACGAGAAGACCCAGGCUGUAACAACACAUGCCACAGAGGUUGUUUCUCCUAAAGAAGAGCCAACAUUAGUGAAGAAACAUGAACCUGAGGCACCAAAGCCAACUGUGGCUCCAGCUGAACUGAAAAUCUUGCCUCCUUCAAAAGAAGCAACUGUUGAAAGGAAACCUUUACCUGAGUCACCAAAGCCAACUUUGUCUUCAGUUGAACAGAAAAUCUUACCGCCUACAAAAGAGCCAGCUGUUGAAAGGAAACCAUCUCCUGAGGCUCCAAAGCCAACUGUGUCUCCAGUUGAACAGAAACUAUUGUCUCCUUCAAAAGAGCCAACUCUUGUAAGGGAACCAUCUCCUGAGGCACUAAAGCCAGCAGAAAUUCCACUUGAACAAAAAGUCUCUCCUCCUACAGAUACUGGCAAAGGCCCUGUGGCAGCUCCUGGACCUGCUCCAAAAGACGGAAAGCCCAAGGAGGAGCCAGCUGCAGGCAGAGGCAGAGGACUAAAACUAAGACAAACCCCUUCUCCUGGUGAUGGUGGAAGGGGUAGAGGAAAACCUGGUGGUGGAGGUGACAAACCUCCUGGAGAUUCACCUUUUGGUUUCCAGCUUAAAGCCGUCCCCUUAAAGUUUGUGAAGGAGCUCAAGGACAUUGUGUUGCAGGAGGCUGAGUCUAUCGGUUCCUCAGCUGUUUUUGAGUGCCAGAUCUCUCCAUCUACUGCUAUCACCACCUGGAUGAAAGAUGGAAGCAAUCUAAGGGAGAGUCCAAAGCACAAAUUCACAUCCGAUGGCAAAGAUCGCAAACUGCAGAUCAUUGAUGUUCAGCUUUCUGACACCGGAGACUACACAUGUGUUGCGAAGCUUGGCAACAAGGAGAAGACCUCAACAGCAAAACUUGUGGUCGAAGAAUUACCUGUUAGAUUCACAAAGACUUUGGAAGAGGAAACCUCUCCGUUUAAGGGACAGCCAAUGUACUUGACCUGUGAGUUGAGCAAGGACAAGGAUGUGGUCUGGAAGAAGAACGGAAAAGAGCUCAAGCAAAUUGCUGGCAAAAUUCAAAUCAAUGUUAUUGGACUGCAGCGUGCCGUGACUAUCCAGGAUGCAAAUGAUGAUGAUGCCGGUGUUUACACUUGCGAGUGUGAAAACAUCAAAACUGAAACUAAUGUCAAGAUUAUUGAAAUCAUCAGGGAUUGGUUGACAAAACCUUUGAGGGAUCAGCACAUUAAACCCAAGGCCACUGCUACUUUCAAGGGUGAGCUCUUCAAGGACACCCCCAACUGGAAGUGGUACAAGGGGAGCGAGGAAAUUCCUAAUGAGCCUACAAAUAAAACUGAGGUGAAGAAGGAGGGUAAAGAGGUCACUCUUACUAUUAAAAAUGCCCAGCCUGAUGAUAUUGGCGAGUAUGCAGUGGAGGUGGAAGGCCGCAGAUAUGCAGCAAAACUAACACUUGGAGAACGUGAAGCUGAGAUUUUGAAGCCUCUUACUAGUGUGGAGGUGGUUGAGAAAAAGGAUGCCAGCUUUGACUGUGAAAUUUCAGAGGAUGAUGUGGUUGGAGAAUGGAAACUUAGAGGACAGGUUCUGUCAAGAACACCGACAUGUGACAUCAAAUCUGAGGGAACAAAGCGAUUCCUUACUAUCAAAAAUGUUCAGCUUGACCAGGCUGGUGAAGUUACAUACCAAGCUCUGAAUGCUGUGACAAGUGCCAUGCUCACAGUGAAAGAGAUGGAAAUGGACUUCACAGUUCCAUUGAAGGACGUUUCUGUGCAUGAAAAGAAACAGGCAAAGUUUGAGUGCACCAUCACUAAGGAUGUGCCUAAAGUGAUUUGGUUUAAGGGUUCUGAGAUUGUUACGCAAGGAAAUAAGUACGAAAUCAUUGAUGAUGGAACGAAACACAUACUGAUUAUAAAUAACUGUGACUUUGAGGAUGAGGGGGAAUACAGUAUUGAGGCUUUGGGCAAAUCAUCAAAAGCAAAACUGAUGGUAGAGGGUAUGAGGCUGAACUUCACCUCAACAUUAAAGGACCUAACUGUGAAGGAAGGUAAAACAGCUCUAUUUGAGCUCGAGCUUUCUCAUGAGAAUGUCUCUGUGGCAUGGUAUAAAAAUGAAAUAAAAAUACAUCCGAGCAGAACUGUGUUUACCAGCGUGGUCGGAAGGAGACAUACGCUAGAAAUAAAGGAGGUUACUCUAGAUGAUAUUUGCCUAAUAAAAGCAGAGGCUAAAGGAAUAUCCACAAUGGCUAAGCUGCUGGUAGUAGAGGGUGAUGCAUAUUUCACCGUCAAGUUACAAGAUUACACAGCAGUUGAGAAAGAUGAGGUAACACUUGACUGCGAGCUGAGCAGAGAUGUUCCUGUGAAGUGGUUCCACAAUGAAAUUGAAAUUAAAGCCUCCAAGAUGGUCACUAUAAAAACGGAGGGCAAACGAAGAAUUCUUAAUCUUAAGAAAGUUGAGAGCAAAGACAAAGGAUUAUUUGUUUGUGACUGUGGAACAGACAAGACUUCAGCUACUAUGAACAUUGAAGCUCGUGACAUCAAAGUGGUACGACCCAUAUAUGGUGUUGAGCUCUUUGAUGGUGAGACAGCUCGUUUUGAAGUAGAAAUCUCUGAAGAUGAUGUCCAUGGCCAAUGGAAACUGAAUGGCGAAAUCUUAUCUCCUUCUCCUGAUGUUGAGAUAAUUGAGGAUGGUGCAAAACACACGUUAACACUCUACAACUGCAAAGUCUCCCAAACAGGAGAGGUUGUCUAUCAGGGAGCAAAUGCUAAGUGUUCUGCAAAUCUUAAAGUGAAAGAUUUGCCCAUUACCUUUGUCACAUCUUUGAGCGAUGUGCAAGUCUAUGAGAAAGAUGACGCAAGAUUUGAGAUUGAAUUGUCCAGAGUGUCAAAGUCCUUCCGUUGGCUGAAGGGAUCUCAGGAGUUGAAGGCUGAUGAAAAGUUUGAAAUCCUCACCAAAGGAAAAAUACACACUCUAGUGGUCAAAUCUGCAGCCUACGAUGAUGAAGCUAAGUAUACAUUUGAGGCUGAGGACAAGAGAACAUCUAGUAAACUUGUAAUUCAAGGUAUCCGUCUUGAGUUUGUCAGACCCAUUAAAGAUGUCACAGUUAAAGAGCGUGAGACAGCAGAGUUCAGCAUCGAACUCUCUCAUGAGAAAGUUCAAGUCACUUGGUACAAGAAUGAUGUGCGCCUGCAUCCAAGCAAAGUGGUGCACAUGUCCGAGGAUGGCAAGACCCAUACUCUGUCUUUCAAAGAGGUGUCCAUCGAUGACACGUCUCUCAUUAAAGUUGAGGCCCUCGGGAAAACCUCUGAGGCAAUGCUCACUGUACUUGAGGGAGAGCCUUACUUCACCACUAAGCUGCAGGACUACACUGCUGUUGAGAAAGAUGAGGUUAUCCUGAUGUGUGAAGUGAGCAAAUCAUCUGCUCAGGCGAAAUGGCUUAAAGACGGCAAGGAGAUCACGCCCUCUAAGAACGUCCUCAUCAAGGCUGAUGGAAAGAAACGUAUUCUAACAGUGAAGAAGGCAGAGAAGGCCAACAUUGGCGAAUAUGUGUGUGACUGCGGCUCUGACAAAACAGCAGCUAGGCUUAAUAUUGAAGAGCGUGACAUUAAGAUUGUCCGUCCGCUGUACAGUGUGGAGGUCACAGAAACAGAGUCUGCUCGCUUUGAGACAGAAAUCUCUGAGGAGGAUGUUCAUGGUCACUGGAAACUCAAAGGAGAGGCUUUGCACCAGUCUGCUGACUGUGAAAUUAAGGAGGAAAGCACCAAGCACAUGCUUAUUCUUUACAAUGUGCGCAUGGACAUGGCUGGUGGUGUGGACUUCAGUGCUGCUAAUGCUAAAUCUAGCGCUCAGCUCAGAGUUAAAGCACGCACAAUUGGCCUUCUGCGACCUCUCCGUGAUGUCACUGUUACUGCUGGAGAGACUGCCACCUUUGACUGUGAGCUCUCCUAUGAGGAUAUUCCUGUCGAAUGGUUUGUUGGCUCAACAAAGAUGGAGCCAAGUGACAGGGUGGUCACCAGAGCAGAAGGUAGGCUGCAUUCCCUGACUCUUAGAGAUGUCAAAAUGACAGAGGCUGGGGAAGUGAAGCUUACUGCAAAGGACUUUGUGGCCCAGGCCAAACUUACUGUGAAUGAGCCACCAGUUGAGUUCACUAAGCCCUUGGAGGACCAGACUGUUGAGGAGGAAGCCACUGCCAUUCUGGAGUGUGAAUUGUCCAGGGAGAAGGCUGAUGUCAAGUGGUUCAAAGAUGGACAGGAAAUUCGUAAAACCAAGAAAUAUGAGAUGGUGGCUGAGGGACGCAAAAGACAACUGAUCAUCAAGGACUGUAGCCUUGAUGAUUCCAUGACAUAUACCUGUGAUGCAAAGGAGUUCAAGACAUCUGCUUUUCUAAAUGUUGAACCUCCAUUUGUUGAGUUCACAAAACCUCUUCAUGAUGUUGAGGUUAAGGAGAAGGAAUCUGCAAAGUUUGAAUGCGAAGUGUCCCGUGAAAGUGCCAAGGUCUGCUGGUUCAAAGAUGGCACUGAGAUCAGAAAGGGCAAGAAAUAUGAGAUUAUUGCCAAGGGAUUACAGCGUAUUCUCAUUAUCAGCAAGACUGUCUUCGAUGAUGAGGCAGAAUAUGAAUGUGACGCAAAGACUUCCAAAACCUCUGGCAUGCUAACUGUUGUUGAGGAGGAGGCUAGAUUCACAAAGAACCUGGUCAAUGUUGAGGGCACUGAAACAGACAGCAUUAAGAUGAUUUGUGAGGUCUCCAAACCCAGCGUGGAGAUUGCAUGGUACAAGGGUGACCAGGAGCUAAAUGAGGGUGGUAGAUAUGAGCAUGUUGUGGAUGGAAGAAAAAGAAUUCUCAUCAUAAAGGACCUCCGUAUGGAUGAUGCUGGGGAGUAUCAUUGCAAACUGCCUACAUCAAAGACAUCAGGAACUCUCAAUAUCAGUGAAUUGGCAGCUGAGUUCAUUGCCAGGCCUCAAAGCCAAGAAGCUGUUGAGGGAGAAAAAGCUGAGUUUACUUGCUCAGUGUCUAAGGAAACUUAUGAAGUCAAAUGGUUCAUAGGUGACAAAGAGCUUACAACAGAUGAUAAGUAUCAAAUUGUAAAGGAUGGCAAGAGAAGGGCGCUUAUUGUCAAAAACUGUGAACUGAAAGAUGAGGGCACAUUCACUGCCCACAUUGGCUCAGUCAAGGCAUCAGCAGACUUGAUGGUGAUUGAAAAACUGAGGAUAAUCACACCAAUCAAGGAAACCCAAGUAAAGGAAGGACAAGAGAUCGUUCUUAACUGUGAGGUUAACUCCGAGGGAGCUAAAGCCAAAUGGCUGAAGAACAACGAGACAAUGUUUGAGAGUAGCAAGUUUGUCAUGGCUCAGAGAGACACAGUGUUCUCUCUGAGAAUCAAAGCUGCAGAGAAGUCUGAUGAGGCCAGUUACACCAUCACACUGACAAACCAACGUGGAGAACAGGCUAAGUGCUCUGCUAAUGUUAGUGUACAUGAGGAAGCACUCAAAAUCAUUGAGCCACUAGAGGACUAUGAAAUUGAGGAAAAGAAGACCAUAUCUUUCACUUGCAAGGUGAACAGACCAAAUGUAACAGUGCAGUGGAUGAAGACUGGUCAAGAGAUCACUUUCAGCAAGCGUAUUGUGUAUCGUGUGGACAAGGACAAGCACACUCUUACCAUUAAGGACUGUAGCCUUGCAGAUGAGGGUGAAUACACUGUGGUUGCUGGUGCUGACAAAUCUUCAGCAGAGCUGAUCAUCAGUGAGGCGCCCACUGACUUCACCUCUCCACUCAGAGAUCAAACCAUCACUGAGUUUGAGGAGGCUGAGUUCAUUUGUAAAUUGUCUAAGGAAAAGGCCCAUGUUAAAUGGUACAGGAAUGGACGUGAAAUCAGAGAAGGACCAAGAUAUCAUAUGGAGAAAGAUGGAAAGGAAAGCAAGCUGAUAAUCAAAAAGUGCAGACCAGAUGAUGAAUGUGAAUAUGCCUGUGGAGUGGAAGACAGAAGAUCAAGGGCGCGUCUUUUCGUUGAAGAGAUUCCAGUGGAAAUUGUCAGGCCACCCACAGAUGUUUUUGAGCCCCCAGGAUCAGAUAUUGUGUUUGAGGCUGAACUAAAUAAGGACAGAGUUGAGGUCAAAUGGAUGAGGAACAACAUGAUCAUCGUCCAGGGUGACAAAUACCAGAUGAUCAGUGAGGGAAAAGUUCACAGACUGCAGGUCUGUGAGAUCAGGCCCCGUGAUCAGGGAGAAUACAGAAUAGUUGCAAAGGAGAAGGAUGCCAGAGCUAAGCUUGAGCUUGCAGCUAUACCAAAGAUCAAGACCACAGAUCAGAACCUUGUAACAGAUGCAGGAAAGCCUUUUGUUAUGACAGUUCCUUACGAUGCUUAUCCUCGUGCUGAUGUGGAAUGGUUUUACAAUGACAGCAGCCUACCUGGGCAGAACAUUGACACCUCCAAUGAACGGACAGAGUACAGGCUAAAGGAUCCUAAGAAAUCAGACCAGGGCCGUUACAAGAUUGUCAUUAAGAACAAGCAUGGAAUUGGAGAGGCUUUCAUAAAUCUGGACGUAAUUGAUGUUCCGGGACCUGUGAAGAACCUGCAUGUUGUGGACACUUCUGAUGGUGAGGUCAGCCUUGCUUGGGAUGAACCAGAGAGUGAUGGCGGAAGCAAGAUUUUGGCUUAUGUGGUUGAGAGACGUGAUAUCAAGCGCAAGACCUGGACAAUGGCCACAGACCGUGCCGACCUCCUAGAGUAUUGCGUUGGCGGAUUACAGAGGGACAACAUGUAUCUCUUCCGUGUAUGUGCUCGCAAUAGAGUUGGAAAUGGAGAGACCGUAUCCACAGACGAGCCAGUUUAUGCCAAGAACAAAUUUGAUGUGCCUGAUGCACCUCAGAAAGUUACAGUUGGAGUUGUCAGUAGGUUUGGUGCCACAGUGUCCUGGGAUCCACCUCUGUCUGAUGGUGGAUCUGAGAUCACAUCUUACAUCAUUGAGCUCCGUGACAGAACCUCUGUGAAAUGGGAGCCUGCUAUGGUGGUCAAAGCAGAAGAUCGCACAGCCACACUCAAUGAUGUUGUUGAGAACAAGGAGUAUAUCUUCAGGGUCAGAGCUGAAAACAAAGCUGGAAUUGGCCAGCCAAGUGCUGCCACAGAUCCAGUGAAGAUAAUGGAUCCCAUUGAGAGGCCAAGUCCACCAGUGAACUUCAAUUAUACAAAUCAGAUCAAAGACUCUGUUCAGUUGUCUUGGGAAACACCCAUGAGCAAUGGAGGCAGCAUGAUCACAGGCUACAUCAUUGAGAAGUGUGAAGAUGGCACUGACAAGUGGCUGAGAUGUAACGCAAGGCUUUGCCCUGACCUUUACUACAGGGUUUCUGGACUUAAGAUUGGUCAGAAAUAUCACUACAGAGUAUGUGCAGAAAAUGCUGCUGGACUGUCUGAUCCAGCUGAUACAAUUGGGCCACUCUUGGCUGAUGAUCCACAUGUUGGUCCCACCAUGGACCUUGGUUGCUUCAAAAAUGGUCUGGAGGUCAUUGUUCCUAAUGCUCUUAUCAUCCGAGUCCCAAUUACGGGAUAUCCUGUGCCCAAACCUAAGUGGACAUUCGGAGAUAAAGAGCUCACUGCAGGUGACCGUGUUUCCAUGGUCUUAAAGCCUACAUACACUGAACUGGUUGUUGCUCCAAGUGUGCGUCCAGACAAAGGAACAUACACCAUACAACUGGAGAAUGAUGUGACAACAGUAUCUGGAGAGAUUGAAGUCAAUGUUAUUGCAUGCCCAAGUGCACCCAAAGACUUCAAAGCUGCAGAGGUGACAAGACAUCAUGUGCAUCUCAUGUGGGAGGCACCAGAACAUGAUGGAGGCAGCCCUUUAACUGGGUACAAUAUUGAGAAAAGAGAGGUCUCCCGCAAGACCUGGGUCAAGGUGAUAUCAGGUGUACAGGAUCUUGAGUAUACUGUCACGGAUGUCAUUGAGGGCAAGGAGUACUUGUUCAGUGUCAUUGCUUGCAACAAAUGUGGACCAGGAGAGCCAGCAUAUAUUGAUGAACCUGUGAAUGUUUCCUCCCCAGCCACUGUGCCCGACCCACCUGAGAGCCUGAAAUGGAGGGACAAAUCAGGAAAGACUAUCUUCCUGCUUUGGGAACCUCCUAGAUAUGAUGGUGGUGCUGCUGUCAAGGGCUACAUUGUAGAUAAAUGCCAGCGCGGAACUGACAAAUGGGAGGCUUGUGGAGAUCCCAUUCCUGAGCUUAAGUUCCAGGUGACUGGUCUUAUUGAAGGUCAAUGGUAUGCCUACCGUGUGAGAGCAGUGAAUAGACUUGGAGCUAGCCGACCUUGCAAGGCUACAGAUGAGAUCCUUGCCAUAGAUCCUAAAGAGGCACCAGAGAUCCAGCUUGAUGUGAAACUGCUGGCUGGCCUGACUGCAAGGGCUGGCACUAAGAUCGAUCUACCUGCUGAUGUGCUUGGCAAGCCAGAGCCCAGGGUCAAAUGGACAAAGGCUGACCUUGUACUGAGACCAGAGGAAAGGAUAACCAUUGACACAAAACCUGGCCAUUCCGUGCUUUCCAUUGCAAAAACUACCAGAUCGGACACAGCUACCUAUAUCAUUGAGGCAGUCAACACUAGUGGCCGUGCCACUGCAACCAUUGAUGUCAAUAUUCUAGAUAAACCUGGCCCUCCUGCUGCUUUUGAUAUCUCUGAGAUCACCAAUGAGUCCUGCUGUCUGGCCUGGAAUGCCCCCCGAGAUGAUGGUGGCUCCCCUGUGACCAACUACGUUGUCGAGAUGAGACCCAUAGAUAAAGAAGAGUGGCAGAAACUGUCUUCUACCAUCAAGCAAACUGCUUUCAAAGCAUCUAAACUGGUGUCUAUGAAGGAGUAUGUCUUCAGAGUGUCUGCUGAGAACCAGUAUGGCAUUGGCACUCCAGCAGAGCAUGUGCCUAUUGUUGCAAAAUAUUCCUUUGAUACUCCUGGAGCUCCAACUAGGGUUCAGCCUUCUGAUAUCACAAAGGAUGCUGUAACUCUGACUUGGUAUGAGCCUAAUGAAGAUGGUGGAAAUCCAGUUACUGGCUACUGGGUUGAGAGGUUUGAUCCUGAGACUGACAAAUGGAUCAGGUGUAACAAGCUGCCAAUUAAGGACACUACAUUCAGGGUGAAAGGUUUGCCAACAAAGAAAAAAUACAGGUUCCGUGUUUUGGCUGAGAAUCUUGCUGGACCAGGAAAGCCGAGUGCUGAGACUGACCCAGUUUUGAUUAAAGAUCCAAUUGAUCCUCCUUGGGCUCCUGGAAAACCGAUCAUCAAAGACACUGCCAAGACAUCUGCACACCUGCAGUGGACCAGGCCUGAGCAUGAUGGUGGUGCUAAGAUUGAGUCCUAUAUAAUUGAGCUUCAGAAGAGUGGAACGGUGGAAUGGGUUCGUGUAGCUGAGGAUGUACCAACAACAGAGCACUUACUGAAGGGUCUGAUGGAGAAGCAGGAGUAUUCUUUUAGAGUCAAAGCCGUAAAUGCUGUUGGAGAGAGUGAAGCAAGCGAACCAAGUGACCCUGUCAUCUGCAAAGAGAGACUUUAUCCCCCAUCUGCCCCAAGAUGGCUUGAAGUGGUUAACAUUACCAAGAUCAACUGUGAUCUGAAGUGGACUGAACCAGAAAAUGAUGGUGGCUCUCCAAUCACUAACUAUGUUGUUGAGAAAAGAGAUGUGAGACGCAGGACCUGGCAGGCUGUGGACACCACAGUUAAAGACAUCAAGUAUACUGUCAGUCCACUGAAUGAAGGCUCUCUUUAUGUGUUCCGUGUCGCAGCUGAGAAUGCAGUUGGUGUUAGUGAGUUCUGUGAGCUUGAGGACACUGUUCUGGCCAAGGAUACUUUCACCACACCUGGACCACCAUACGCUUUGACGGUGGUAGAGGUGUCCAAGAGACAUGUUGACCUGAAAUGGGAGGCUCCCAAGAGUGAUGGUGGAAGACCCAUCACCAAGUAUGUCAUUGAGAAGAAAGAGAAAGUAGGCACGCGCUGGGUAAAGUCUGGAAAGACAUCCGACCCUGAAUGCAAAUACAGGGUGACCGAUGUUGACGAAGGCACUGAGGUGCAAUUUCAGGUCCGGGCUGAGAAUGAAGCAGGGGUUGGCCACCCAAGUGAACAUACCGAUAUCAUGACCAUUGAGGAUCCCAUUAGUACACCUUCUCCUCCAACUGAAGUCAAGAUUGUUGAUGCCAGCAGAGAGCACAUCAACAUUACAUGGAAAGCUCCAGAGAAGAAUGGAGGAUGUCCAAUCACAGGCUACCAUGUAGAGCUGUCUGAAGCUGGAACUGAGAAGUGGAUGAGGAUUAAUGCCCGUCCCGUUAAAGAGCUCAGAUUUAAGGCUGAAGAAGGCAUAAUUCCUGAGAAAAAAUAUGUUCUAAGAGUUCGUGCUAUUAAUGCUGUUGGAGUCAGUGAUCCCUCUGAAAUUUCUGACAGUGUCUUUGCCAAAGACCCUGACUGUAUCCCAACCAUAGAUAUUGAGACCCAAGAUAUAGUGAUUGUUGAGGGGGAGAAGUUGGAUCUAAAGAUCCCAUACAGAGCAAUACCAAAACCAUCAAUGAUCUGGAAGAGGGAUGAGACUGAAUUAAAGACUGACGACAGGCUCACAUUGACCUGUGACCUCAAUCGUGUUCAUCUGGAGCUUCUCAAGUGUAAACAUGAAGAUGCUGGCAUAUAUACUGUCACUCUUGAGAACAGCUUGGGUUCUGUAACUGGAACAAUAAAUGUAAAAGUGAUUGGUCUGCCUGGACAAUGUAAGGACAUCUCUGCUAGUGAGGUCACUAAGAACUCCUGCAAGAUAUCAUGGGAGCCUCCAGAGAGUGAUGGUGGAAGCCCAAUCCUGCAUUAUGUUCUGGAGCGCAGAGAAGCUCAGAAGAAGACAUUUUUGCCUGUGAAGUUUGUCGAAAAUGUUUUAAGCUUUGUAGUCAAAGAUCUUAUGCACAAUGGUGAAUAUUACUUCAGAGUGAAGGCUGUUAACAAGAUCGGAAGUGGAGAGUAUCUUGAACUCCGCAAUCCUGUAAUAACAGAGGAACAGAAACAACAUCCAGACCCACCAAUAGAGGUUGAAGCACACAAUCCUACCUCAAGUUCCAUCACUGUUACUUGGAUGGCACCACCAUAUGAUGGUGGAUGCCCGAUCACAGGGUACAUUCUUGAGAAGAUUGAAAAAGAUGGUGACAGAUUUGAAAGGUGUGUUCCAAACCUGGUACCUGGUUUCUCCUACACUGUCACUGGCCUGACAGAAGGGAAAGAAUACCAGUUCCGUGUCCGUGCUGAGAACAUUGCAGGACCAAGUGACCCAUCUCGCAGUACACAACUGAUUAAGGCUGCUGAUCCUGUUGAGAAACCAACGGUAUCACUCUAUGCCCGUAUUGCAUCUGGACUCAGUAUCAAAAAGGGAGAGGAGAUUAGAUUGGAUGCUUACAUAUCUGGAUCUCCAUACCCAACUGUUACAUGGCUCAGAAAUGAUGAGAAUGUCAGGCAGGAACCAGCAAAGAAGAAACCAGAAAUCGCUGUGAAGAAGAAGAAGAAGACCAAGACCUUUCAGCCUGAACCUGAAGAGGUGUUCCAUCCUCCACUAUUAGACCGCCUGUCUUACGACCAGAGCAAAAAGGGUGAAACUGCUUUGAUGGUGCGUGAUUCCACCAGAACUGACCAUGGCAAGUUCACUAUUAGAGUUGAGAAUACCCAUGGUUUCGCAAUGGCAUCUUGUGAUGUCAAUGUUCUUGAUAAGCCUGGCCCCCCUGUCAACUUUGGAUUUGAUGACAUCAGGAGCACCUCUGUCAGUUGCACAUGGGAUGCACCACUUGAUGAUGGUGGAAGUGAGAUCAUCAACUACAUAUUGGAAAAGAAGGACAACACUACUGACGAGAUUGGUUGGGUAACUGUAACGUCAACCCACAAGGGGUACAAUUACCCUGUAACCAAGCUUAUUGAAGGAAAGGAGUACAUCUUCAGAGUCACAGCUGAAAACAAGUUUGGCUGUGGACCACCACGCUACUCAGAACCACUUAUUGCGAAGAAUCAAUUUGGACCACCUGAUGCUCCCAACAUGCCAAGAAUUGGAGAGGUCACUUCUAGCACAGUUGCCCUCAGCUGGCAUGAGCCAAAGGACAAUGGUAGCCCGAUCUUGGGCUAUUGGGUUGAGAAACGUGAAGUCAACAGCAAAUAUUGGACCAGAGUGAACCGUAAUCUUCUUAGUUCAUUGGCGGUUAAAGUUGAGGGUCUUUUGGAGGGCCUUGUUUAUAUCUUCAGAGUUUGUGCUGAAAAUCUUGCUGGUCCUGGAGAAUUCAGUGUACCAACUGAUCCUCAAUGUGCAAUGGAUGCAAUCUUACCACCUGGCCCACCUGUGCCAAAAAUUGUUGAUGUGACAAAUACAACUAUUGAUAUUGCUUGGGUACCUCCAUUGUACAACGGUGGUGGAGAUAUCCUAGGAUAUCAUGUUGAGCGCUGUGUGGUUGGAGAGAAGGAAUGGACCCGCUGCACUGAGAGUAGAUGCAAGGACCGCAAGUUCACCGUAACUGGACUGACUGAGGGAGCUGAUUAUUACAUUCGCGUAUUUGCCGUAAAUGAUGCAGGUCAUGGAGCCCCAGGCAUGACUGAACCUGUUCAGGCCAAAGAACCUGAAGAGGCUCCAGUUGUUGAAUUUGAUGUCUCUGUGAGGAAUGGAGUCAUUAUCAGAGCAGGGGAAACACUGCGUCUACCUGCUGUCGUUUCUGGACGACCUCUUCCAGAAGUGAAGUGGACAAAGGAUGAUGCUGAGCCAGACAAGGAACAUGUAGUUACUGAAACAGAAGGCAAGAACAGUACUUUAAGCAUCAAAAAUGCUUUGAGAUCUGACCAUGGUAAUUACCAGAUCACAGGUACCAACCCCAGUGGAACCAAGUCUGCAUGCAUUAAAGUUGAUGUAAUGGAUGUUCCCGGACCAGUUGUUGAUCUUAAAACAGUUAAUGUCAGCAAGAAGGUUAUUUCAUUUACCUGGUCAGAUCCUCUUGACAAUGGUGGAAGUGACAUUGUGGGAUACGUUGUUGAGAGAAAGGAUGCCAAAAUGCACAUUUACAGACAACCUCUGGAGACUGCUGCUUGCAAAUGUGACAUUGUUGGUCUUCUUGAUGGUGAAGAAUACAUGUUCCGUGUAGUUGCAAGGAACAAGUAUGGCCUUGGUACUCCUGUUGAACUUGGACCCAUUUUAGCAGUUGAUCCUAAAGAAGUUCCAUCUGCACCUGAGAAAUUGCACUACACGGAAAGGACCAAGAACACCAUUACUUUGUCUUGGCAACCUCCUCGUAGUGAUGGUGGUUCUCCAAUCAGAGGCUACUACGUUGAGAAGAUGAGACAAGAUAGCACUGAGUUUGAUGUUGCUAACCGCCAAAUCUGCAAAGAUCUCACCAUCACACUGGAAAACUUGUCUGAAAACAUGAUGUAUGAAUUUAGAGUGAAAGCUGUCAAUGAGAUUGGUGAAGGAGAGCCAUCCAAACCAAUUAAUGUCCACAUUCAGGAUGAUGAACUUUUACCAACUAUUAAGUGGUUGAAGUUCUUCAAGAAUGAUGCCAUCGUUGUCAAGAAGGGAGCAGCCAUUGAAAUCCCUGCUGAAAUUGUUGGUCUGCCUUUGCCUACAUUUGAGUGGACAAAGAAUGGGGUGGUUGUUGACAAACCCACUGAGACAAUGACACUGGAAUCAGAGGAGAUUAACAGGCAAACAAUCAAUACCAAAAUUGGCAUUCCUGAGACUGUGAGACAAGACACAGGCCUGUACAAGUUAACUGCCACAAAUGACCGUGGAGUAGGUCAUCGCACAAUCAGAGUGGAUAUCUUGGAUCGUCCAUUGCCACCAAGGAACAUUGUGAUCUCUGACAUCAAAGCUGAGUCUUGCUACCUUACCUGGGAUGCUCCAGAGGACAAUGGUGGAAGCGAUAUCAUGAACUACAUUAUUGAGAAGAGAGACGCCAGCAGAAAGAAGUCUGACUGGGAACAGAUAACAUGCUGCGUCAUUGACAGACGCUAUGGGGUGUACAAGUUGGAUGCCUAUGGUACUUACCAGUUCCAGAUUAAAGCUGAAAACAAGUAUGGGGUCAGUGAUGGUUGUGAAUCAGAAAAGGCUGUACUAAAAGAUCCCUUUGGUCUACCUGGCCCACCCCAGAGGCCAAGGAUUAUUGGACACACCUGCUCAUCAAUGGUGGUGACUUGGGAGCCUCCGAUAGACAAUGGUGGCUCAACCAUUCAAGGUUACUGGCUUGAAAAGCGAGAGAGAGGAGCUGUAUACUGGAGUCGGGUCAACAGGGCUCCAGUAACAAAACCAGCAGUCAAAGGCCUGGAAUACAAUGUACUCCACCUUAUUGAGGGUGCUGAAUACAAGUUCCGUGUGAUGGCUCAGAAUGCAGCUGGCGUUGGACCUCCAAGUGAGGCAACCGAGUGUGUGUUUGCGCUUGAUCCAAGAAAUAUCCCAGGUCAGCCACCAGCACCUGUAGUAGCAGACAAAACCACAAGCAGUGUCUCUCUUACCUGGACCCCACCAGAAAAAGAUGGAGGUAGCCCCAUCAAGGGUUACAUUGUUGAAGUUCAAGAUGAAGGUUCAAUAGAGUGGAGAAGGGUGAAUACACCAGAGAAGCUGAUCCUCACCACUUCAUUUACUGUGUCGGGGCUUAAAGAGAACAAGAAAUGUAGAUUCAGGAUUGUUGCUGUCAAUGCUGCUGGUGAAUCUGAGCCAAGUCCCAGAACUGCUGACAUUAUUGUACAGGACAUUUUGGAGGAACCUAUCAUUACGGUCACAGCCCAUGAUCUUCUGAAUUGUCGCGCUGGAACAACCAUCAAGAUUCCAGCCACCAUCUCAGGUAGACCUAUUCCAAAUGUCACAUGGGACUUUGAUGGAACUGCCCCGACUGAGAAAAAGAAUGAGCGUCAUACUCUGCCAGAGGAUUCAGAGAUAUCAUCCACCGAUACAACGUCAGAAGUGACAAUCCCUGAGUGUAAAUUAAACCACUCUGGACGAUACAUCAUCACUGCCUCCAAUCAAGCUGGUACCAAAUUCAUUAAAGUGCGUGUGAAUGUACUUGAUUUGCCUGGACCACCUAAAGACCUCAAAGUCAGUGACAUCACGCGCGGAACAUGUAGGCUAACCUGGAAGCCUCCAGACAUUGAUGGUGGUGACAGAAUCAAGAGUUAUUUCAUUGAGAAAAAGACUGUAGCAGGAAAGGCUUGGACAAAGGUCAACCCAACUUGUGCAACUCAGUCCUUUAUUGUGCCAGACCUAAUUGAGGGACAAGAUUACUUGUUCCGUGUUCGAGCUGAGAAUCGCUUUGGUAUGGGACCCCAUAUUGUGACCAUUCAGCGGACUACAGCCAGGGAUCCUAUCCAUCCACCUGAUCCUCCCACAAGAGUCAAAAUCACUGAUGUCUCCAAGGGCACAGUGACUCUGAUAUGGAAGCCACCAAGGAAUGAUGGUGGAGCACCUGUGACUCACUACAUUGUCGAACGCCUUUGGUGGGAUAGCAGUGGAAACCAGCAAGAAUCCUGGAGACAGUGCAACCGCCGUGACAUUGAUACUACCACUUUCAAAGUAGAGGAUCUCCAUGAGUGUGCUGAAUAUGAAUUCCGUGUCAAGGCUGUAAAUGAGGUCGGUGCAAGCAGGCCAUCCUCCACAGCAGGACCGAUCGUUGUUAAGGACCAAACCAGGGCUCCUUCCAUUGAGCUCCCGGAAUUCAUGGAGGUUGAACAGGGUACUGACAUUCAAAUUGUUGCCAAGGUCAAGGGCUGUCCAUUCCCAACACUCACAUGGCAGAAAGCUCCGCCGCACAAGAGUGAAGCUAAGGUUGAUGUUGUUUAUGAUGAGCACAUCAACAAGCUUGUAUCUGAUGAUAGCUGCACACUGCUGAUCCAGCAGGGUCAGCGCUCAGAUACUAGCCUCUACACUCUUACUGCUAGCAACAGUCUUGGCACCGUUUCCAAGGAAAUGAGGCUUAAUGUUCUAGGGCGUCCUGGGGCUCCGUCUGCACCAAUCAAAUUUGAGGAAAUCUGUGCUGAACAGAUAACUCUGUCAUGGCUGCCUCCUAAGGAUGAUGGUGGCUCCAAAAUUACAAACUAUACUAUUGAGAGACGUGUUGCUAACAGGAAUACUUGGAUUCCAGUCACUAGUGAACCCAAAGAGCGAAUAUACACAAUCGAGGGUCUAAUGCCAGGCCACGAGUAUAUUUUCCGCAUAAGGGCUCAGAACAAAUAUGGUGUUGGAGAUCCUCUUGAUAGUGAACCUGAAGUAGCCAGAGAUGUGUUCAUGCCACCUGGCCAAUGUGAGAAGCCAACACUAUCUAGCAUCACAAUAGACUCCAUGACUGUGAACUGGGAAGAGCCUAACACAGAUGGCGGCAGUCCAAUCACCGGCUACUGGCUUGAACGUAAAGAAACUACCUCUAAACGCUGGAACAGAGUAACUCGUGAUCAAAUCAGGCCUAUGCCACUUGGUGUGUCACACAAAGUAAAAGGACUCAUUGAGGGAUCUCAGUAUCUGUUCCGUGUGAUUGCAAUCAAUGCAGCAGGAUGUGGACCUCCAAGUGAGCCAUCUGACCCAACAUUUGCCAGAGAACCAAUAGCCCCUCCAUCUCCCCCAACCCCCAAAGUCACUGAUUGGACGAAGUCUACUGCUGACUUGGAAUGGAUUCCACCUUUAAAGGAUGGAGGUUCAAAGAUAACAGGCUACUAUGUUGAAUACAAAGAGGAGGGCACAGAAGCAUGGGUUAAGGCUAAAGACAAGGAGGUUAGAGGAACCAAAUUUGUGGUCACUGGACUAAAAGAGAAUGCAUUGUUUAAGUUUAGAGUUUUGGCAUUCAAUGCUGCUGGUCUCAGUGAGCCAGGUGAAGUUGCUGAUGCUCUUGAAAUGAAGGACCGGAUCAUUACCCCAGUGCUUGAACUGGACAUCUCAGUAAAGGAGAGGAUGAUUAUUCAUGCUGGAGGUGUUAUUCGUAUCCUGGCUUAUGUGUCAGGCCAACCUCCACCUGUGAUAACAUGGAGCAGAAAUGAUGGUCCUGUCCCUCCAGAAGCUGUCAUUGAAACCACCUCAAUCAGCCGCUCAUUGGUAAUCAAGGACUGUACUAGGAGGCAACAAGGUGUUUAUACAAUAACAGCCAAGAAUGAUGGAGGAGAGGUGAAGAAGUCUGUUAUCGUUGAUGUACUUGAUGUACCUGGUCCAGUUGGGGUACCUUUCAGUGCUGAGAAUCUUACAAGUGACUCAUGCAAGCUGAACUGGUUUUUCCCAGAGGAUGAUGGUGGAUCUGCCAUCUCUAACUAUGUAAUUGAGAAACGUGCAUUUGAGCGCAAAGCUUGGACGGCUUGUUCCUACACAGCUGGGAGACAGAAUGCUAUAAUACAUAAUCUGGUAGUAAAGAAGGCAUACUUCUUCAGAGUCGCAGCUGAAAAUGCGAUUGGAAUAGGUCCUUUCUGUCAGACAGCAUGCGAAAUUGUGAUCAAAGAUCCUAUCACUGUGCCAGACCGUCCAGAAGAAAUUGAGGUAACUGCCAUCACCAAAGACUAUAUUAGUGUGACAUGGAAGGCACCUAAGUAUGAUGGAGGAUCUGAGGUGACAUCCUAUAUUCUGGAGGCUCGCAUGAUUGGAAAAGAUAAGUUUGUCAGACUGACCAAAGAUAAAUUGAUGGACAGAAGAUACACUUAUGAUGGUCUCCGUGAGGGCGACACCUAUGAAUUACGUGUUAGUGCAGUGAAUGAAAUUGGUCAAAGCAAACCAUCCUUCUCCACGAAGCAAAUUACAUGUAAAGAUGAACUUGAGCCCCCCACAAUUGAACUGGACUUUCGUGACAAGGUUAUUGUGCGUGUGGGAGAAAGUGUUGCGCUCCAGGGACGAUACACUGGCAAACCAGCCCCAUCUGUCACCUGGUCAAGAGAUGAUCAGGAACUGAAAGCAGACACCCACAUCAUGUUCAAAAAUACUCUUACCACAAUGUGCCUUGGUCUUAUCAAAGCUCAGCGUGGACACAGUGGCAGAUACUGUGUGACAGUCGAAAACUGCACUGGUGCACGUAAGGGACUUUGUAAUGUUACAGUUGUAGAUCGACCAUUGCCUCCAGAGGGCCCAGUAGUCUUUGAGGAAGUACACAGAGAUCAUAUGGUAAUUUCUUGGAAACCACCUCUUGAUGAUGGUGGAUGUGGAAUUUCCAACUAUAUAAUUGAGAAGAGGGAUAUAAACAGGGACAUGUGGACAACUGUAACAUCUGCCACCACAAAAACCAUUUGCAAAAUACCUAAGCUUGUAGAGGGACGUGAAUACAUCAUGAGAAUUAGUGCUGAGAACAUGUAUGGCAUAAGUGAUCCACUGGAGUCAGAGGAGAUUAAAGCUAAAGAUCUAUUCAGGGUACCUGAGGCACCUGAGCAACCAACUGUAAAAGAUGUCUACCAUGACUCAGCAUUGGUGAGUUGGAAUCGACCUCGAGAUGGUGGAAAGCCCAUCACUAACUAUAUCUUGGAAAAGAAGGAGCCCUCAGCUAAGAGAUGGUCUCGGGCAACUAGAGAUCCAAUCUACCCUGCUACCCAGUACAGGGUACAAGACCUCACUGAAGGUUGUGAAUAUGAAUUCCGUGUAAUGGCAGAGAAUGAAAUAGGCACUGGAGAUCCUAGCCCUCCAUCAAAGCAUAUCCUUGCUAAAGAUCCCAUUGUUCUGCCAAGCCCACCAGUUUUGCCUGAGGCUGUUGACAAGACUAAAGAUUCUGUGAGUCUAUCAUGGCGUGUUCCUCGCCAUGACGGUAAAGGCAAACUCUUUGGUUAUUUGAUUGAGUAUCAGAAACCUGGAGUAAUCGAUUGGAUCCAGGCAAAUGAAACUCCUGAAACAUGCCUAGACACCAAGUUUGUUGUGACAAAACUACCGGAAGGUGAAGAGUUCAGAUUCAGAAUUAUGGCUGUGAACGCUGCUGGAAAAUCUGAGCCUGCCUAUGUCAAGGAACCUGUGAAAGUUCUUGACAGACUGGAGGAGCCAGAGUUGCUGCUAGAUGCCAACAUGGCUCGUGACCACCUUGCUAUGGUUGGCACAGACAUCACACUCAGUGCUACUAUUAAGGGCAUGCCAAUUCCCACUGUCUCUUGGAAAAAGAAUGAUGGUGAAGUGCCUUCUCAUUGUCUAAUUGAGGUCACAGGGAGUGGAAGCAAACUUCACAUUAAGAAGUGUACCCGUGCUGACAGCGGCAAUUAUACCAUUACAAUUCAGAAUGCAGCUGGAUCUAAAUCUGCUACCUGCACUGUUCUUUCUCUUGAUAAACCUGGACCUCCAAGGAAUCUUAUCAUUUCUGAAGUCACAAGUGAGUCAGCUUACCUUACAUGGCACAAGCCAGAGGAUGAUGGUGGUGCUGUGAUCUCUCACUAUGUUGUGCAAAAGAAAGAUGUAGCUGCUGAGAACUGGGUUCCAGUUUGUGCCUCAUCUAAGAAGCUUAGCCUCAUGGCUCUAUAUCUGAUGGAGGGAACACAGUAUCUCUUCAGAGUUGCAGCUGAGAAUCAGUUUGGCAGGAGUGCUUUUAUUACAACCAAUAAGCCCAUCAAGGCAGUUGAUCCUCUCUAUCCCCCUGGUCCACCCAAGAAUCUGCAUCAUGUAGAUGCAGACAAAACUGAAGUGUGGCUUCAAUGGGAAUGGCCUGAUCGCACAGGUGGAAGUGAAAUCACUGGAUUCAUUGUUGAGCAUCAAGAAGAAGGUGCCACCGACUGGGUCACCUUCAAGACUGUCAGCAAUCCUCAAUGCCAUAUCACUGGACUUGUGGAGGGCAAAACCUACAGAUUCCGUGUAAAAUCCCAAAAUGCAAUAGGCGUUAGCCGACCAGACACAAGUGUGCCAAUUACUUGCCAGGAAAAGACAUUACCUCCAACUAUUGAAGUUGAUGUGAAGCUUAUUGAGGGUCUUGUUGUGAAGGCUGGCAAGACAAUUGUUCUCCCAGCAGUCAUGCAUGGAAUACCAACUCCAACAGCCAAGUGGCAAAGUGAUGGAAAUGAGCUUAAAACCGAGGGCAAAUAUAAGAUCAAUACUGAAGGAAAUUCAACUGUCUUAAAUAUCAGUGAGUGUGUCAGGUCUGACAGUGGUGAGUAUGCUCUGACUGUUGCAAACCCUGCUGGAAGCAAGACAGUUGCUUUACACGUGACAGUUCUUGAUGUUCCAUAUGCUCCAAUCGGUCCUGUAAACAUCCUUGAAGUUACCCCUGACCAUAUGAUAAUCCAGUGGCGUGCACCAAAAGACGAUGGUGGUACACCUUUGAUGAACUAUGUUGUAGAGAAGAAGGAUGUCAAGAAGCCUUGGGAGCCGUGGUCAGUUGUGAGUUCUGGAAGCACUAGCACAAAGGCCAAAGUACCGCGUUUGGAGAAGGGACGUGAAUAUAUUGUGCGCAUACGUGCUGAGAACAAGAUUGGCAUUGGUGCUGCCCUUGAAAGUCCUCCCACUAUUGCCAAGCACAUGUUUGAUCCUCCAGGUCCUCCAGGCCAACCAACAUGUUCUGAUAUAACAGAAAAUGCUGUAACAGUGUCAUGGGCUGAACCAGAAACUGAUGGUGGAAGCCCUGUGAGUGGCUACAUUGUUGAACGCAGAGAGAUGACUGGCAAAUGGAUUCGUGUCAAUAAAACACCAGUUUUGGAUGUAAGAUACAGGGUCUGUGGUCUGUUUGAGGGCAACAGCUAUGAAUUCAGAAUCUUUGCUGAAAAUGUUGCUGGUGUAAGUGAGCCAUCAUAUCCAUCAGACCCAGUUAAAGCUAAACGUCCCAUAUCUCAUCCAGGGCCUCCGAGUAACAUUAAGCUAAAGGACUGGAGCAAGUCAUAUGCAGAUUUGGUGUGGACCAAACCUUCAAGAGAUGGUGGCAGUCCCAUCCUAGGCUAUGUUGUUGAAUGUCAGAAAUCAAGUUCUGCAAAUUGGGACAGAAUACACAAGGAUCUGAUAAAGCUUUGUGCAUUUAGAGUACAUGGACUUAGUGAAGGCACAGAGUACAGAUUCCGUAUUAGAGCAUCUAACAAGGUUGGAGAUGGUGAACCAAGAGAACUCACAGAAACUGUACUUGCCAAGGACAUCCUUGUUCCUCCUGAAGUAACUGUUGAUGUUUCAUGCCGUGACCUCCUUACAGUUAGAGCAGGGCAGAUCAUUAGCCUUAUGUCCCGUGUCAAGGGAAGGCCUGAUCCAGAAAUCACUUGGACUAAAGAUGCAAGAGCCUUGAGCAGAGAUAAGCGAACUGAGAUGAACAAUAACUACCCUCUUGUUGAGCUGGUCAUUCAAGAUGCUAUUAGAGCUGAUUAUGGAAAAUAUGCCAUUCAAGCGAAGAAUAGCAGUGGUCAAGCACAAGCUACAAUUAUUGUCAAUGUCCUUGAUAUUCCUGGAGCUUGUCAGAACUUGAAGGUUGCAUAUGUGACCAAAGACUCAUGCAUGGUGUCUUGGGAAAAUCCAGAAGAUAAUGGUGGCACUGAAAUAACCAAUUAUAUCAUUGAAUGUCGACAACCUAGUCAAAGGGGGUGGACAGUUGUUACAUCUGAUUGCACAAAACGACUUGUCAAAGCUCCACUUAUUGAGAAUUGUGAAUACUUCUUCCGUGUGAGUGCUGAGAAUAAGAUUGGUGCUGGUCCAUCAACAGAAACAAAAACACCAGUCCUCGCUGUUGACCCAAUUGAGAAACCUGGUGAGCCAGAGAACUUUCAAAUUGCUGAAAUCGGGAAGACAUUUGUCUUCCUCAAAUGGAAGAAGCCAGAAUAUGAUGGUGGUAGCCGCAACCUUGCUUACCAUAUUGAAAAGAAACCUAUAGAAGCAGAUGAAUGGGAAAGAUUACACAAAGGUGCUAUAAAGGAAACAUACUUCAUGGCUGACAGAUGUAUUGAGAACCAAAUUUAUCAAUUCAGAGUUCAAACAAAGAAUGAGGGAGGAGAUAGUAACUGGGUGACAACAGCUGAAGUUCUUGUUAAGGAGGAACUUGUACAGCCAGAGCUUAAAAUAAAACUGGAGGGAGUUCUUGUUGUUAAAGCUGGAGAGCCUAUUCCAAUUGAGGCAGAGCUUAAAGGUAAACCUCAUCCUGAUGUGAAAUGGUCUAAAGAGGGUGACACUGGAGAUAUCAACAAAAGCCAGAGAGUGCAAGUUGAAACUGGCACCAACUUCACAAAAAUCCUGAUCACAAAUUCAAGACGUGGAGAUACUGGAAAAUACAUAAUUACUGCAACAAAUGCUGCUGGAACCUGCUCUGCUGAGGCCAAGGUAAAUGUUCUGGACAGACCUGGUCCUAUUAGAGACCUGAAGGUCUCAGACAUUUCUAUGGACAGAUGCAAGCUUACAUGGGAGGUACCAGAUGAUGAUGGUGGAUGUGAGAUCUAUAACUACAUCAUAGAGAAAUGUGAGACAAAGAGAGGGGUAUGGUCAAUUCAUUCAGCAGCUGUUAUAACCAACUCGGCUAAAGUUACUCGCCUCAUUGAAGGAAAUGAAUACAUAUUCCGAGUGAGAGCUGAGAACAAGAUGGGUGCUGGCCCUGCAAUUGAAACUGAGUCCAUUGUUGCAAGGACACAGUUCAGCAGACCAGGUGCACCAGAUACGCCAGAAGUGACCAAGAUUACAAAAGUAGAAAUGGUUGUUAUGUGGUGCCCUCCUGAUAAUGAUGGUGGAAAGCCCAUCACUGGUUAUAUUCUGGAGAAAAAAGAGGAGCAUGCCAUACGGUGGGCCCCUGUUACUAAAUCCCCAAUUGCAGGCACACAGAUGACUGUUACAGGGUUAUUGCCUAAUCAUGAAUACCAGUUCCGUGUCAAAGCCGAGAAUGAAAUUGGAGUUGGUGAUGCAAGCAAACCAUCAAGAUCGCUCACAGCGAGAGAUCCAAUUGAGCCUCCUGGUCCAGUUGGUAAUCUAAAGGUGGCUGACAGCUCAAAGACAUCAAUCACUCUUGCAUGGACAAAGCCUACUUAUGACGGAGGUGCUCCUCUCAUUGGAUAUGUGGUGGAGUUGAGAGUCAAGGGCACAAGCAAGAAGGGUGAUGAAGGCUGGAAGAGGUGUAAUGUUGCAGCCCAGUUGAUCGGAACAGAAUUUACUGUCUCAAGUCUGGAUGAGAAGGUUGAAUAUGAAUUCCGUGUCUCUGCCCAAAAUCAGAUUGGCUUGAGUCAACCAACUAAUCUUGAGGGAGCUGUGUCCCCAAGAGAAGUGUUGGAGGCUCCUGAAAUUGAUUUGGGUGCAGAACUAAAGAAGGGUGUGACUGUAAGGGCUGGAUGCCCAAUAAGAUUAGUUGCUACAAUCAGAGGCAGACCUGCUCCAAAUGUCUUAUGGAGGAGAAUGGGAAUAGAUAAUGUUAUUCAGAAAGGCCAUGUGGACCUUAUUGACACUAUGACAUUCCUUGUUAUCUCUGAAACAACUCGUGAUGAUUCAGGCAAAUAUUCAUUGACUGUAUCCAGUCCAGCUGGAGAGAAGGCAGUGUUUGUGAAUGUCAAGGUACUUGAUACACCUGGACCUGUUGUUGGUCUUGAGGCUGUUGACAUCACAAUGUCAUCUUGCAACCUCCAAUGGACCCAACCUGAAAUUGAUGGUGGAAGUAACGUCACCCAUUACAUUGUUGAGAAGCGAGAAAUUGAUCGGAAGACAUGGGCAACAGUGAAAACUGAUGUUGAAAAGACCACAUUUAAAGUUAGCAAUCUUGUCCCAGGAACGGAGUAUUACUUUAGGGUCACAGCUGUGAAUGAUUAUGGUCCUGGUGUGCCAAGAGUUACACCAAAAUCUUGUCUGGCAUCUGAUCCUAUCAGCAAACCUGAUCCACCACAAAAGAUUGAUGUUUUAGAGAUUACUAAGAACAGUGCAACUGUUGGAUGGGUGAAACCUCUGCGGGAUGGCGGAGCUAAAAUUGAUGGGUACAUUAUUGAAUAUCUUGAGCUUCCAAUGCCUAAACCACCCAAGGAAUUGCCCAAGGAUACAUUAGCGGGUGAAGGUGAGGCAGAGCCUGUUGUAGAGCCUGUGGCUCCACCCCCACCUGAACCUGUGGUUGAGGAAGAGGAGAAAGAGAAGGAGAAGAAAGAGGAAUGGACAUCAUACACUGUUGUAAAAGGUUUGAGUAUCUCUGUUGCUGGACUUAAGGAGGGAAGAAAAUAUCGGUUCAGAGUGGCAGCAAGAAACACCAUGGGAUCCAGCCUUCCCACAGAGACCAGAGAAGCUUAUGAGAUCAAGGAACAGAUGUUGGAGCCCAAGAUCAUAAUGCCUGAGCUUGUCACUGCAAAGGCUGGGGCAAAACUGAGGGUUGAGGCUCUUGUAUCUGGAAAGCCAGCACCAGCAUUCCAAUGGAAACGCGGAGAAGAUAAUGUAGUCCCAUCUAGCCGUCUUGCUGUACAUAAAUCUCAGAACUUGUGUGUGCUCAUCAUUAAGGAUGUUUCAAGACAAGACAGUGGUCAGUAUAGUCUUGUUGCUGAGAACAGCUCAGGCAAAGUUGACCAGAUUUUGAAAAUCGUUAUCAGAGAUAUUCCUGGACCGCCUGAGCCACCAUUUGAAAUCAGUGACAUUGAUUCCGAUGCCUGCACACUCUCUUGGAACAAACCACUUGAAGAUGGUGGUAGCAAUAUCACUAACUAUGUGGUCGAGAAGUGUGAUGUAAGCAGAGGUGACUGGGUUACUGCUCUUUCCAGCUGUGGAAAAACUGGCUGCAGAAUCGGAAAGCUUAUUCCUGGAAAGGAAUAUGUGUUCCGUGUCCGUGCUGAGAACAGAUUUGGUAUUUCUGACCCUCUUGCAUCUGAAAGGAUGGUUGCUAAAUUCCCCUUUGAAAUUCCUGGGGAACCUGUGAACUGCCGCAUCAACAAAGUAAACAAGGACUGCAUGUUUGUGGCUUGGGAUAAACCUGAAUCUGAUGGUGGCAGUCCAGUUACUGGAUACUACAUUGAACGCAAAGAGAGGAACAGUCUCCUUUGGGUUAAGGCCAAUGAUUCUGUUGUUCGCACAACUGAAUAUCCUUGUGCUGGCCUAAUUGAGGGUCUGGAAUAUACUUUCAGAGUGUCUGCGAUAAACAGGGCUGGACAGGGUAAACCAAGCAAGAAAACAGAGUUCAUUACAGCAAGAACACCUGUUGAUGCUCCUGGAAAACCGGAGGUGCUGGAUGUGACUAAGAAUAAUGUUACACUGGUUUGGAGCAAACCAAAGAAUGAUGGUGGAAGCAAGAUAAUUGGAUACUAUGUUGAGGCCAUGAAGCUUCCAGGAGACACUUGGGUGCGUUGCAACACAAGCAGUCAGAAUGUGCCUCAUGAGGAGUACACAGCAACUGGGCUAGAAGAGGGUGCUAAGUACCAGUUUAGGGUAAUUGCCAAGACUGCUGUUAACAUUAGCAGGCCAUCAGAAAUCACAGACCCCAUUCUGGUGUCUGCAGAUAAUGUACCUCCAAGAAUAGAACUUUCAAUACAGAUGAAGAAGAUGUUGCCAGUAAAGGCUGGGUCAAAUGUUUGCCUUGAGGCUGAAGUUUUUGGCAAACCAAUGCCCAAGGUUACAUGGAGCAAGAAUGGAGAAGUAUUGAAAUCUGAUAAAGGCUUGAAAUUAUCUCAAAAGAGACAUCUCUUUUCCCUGAGCCUUGAUGCAGUUACUAAACUUAAUACUGGAAUCUAUGGAAUUCUUGCUACUAAUGCAAGUGGUUCAACAACCGCAGAAAUAAAUCUAAAAAUUUUGGAUAUACCUGGCCCACCAGCCUCUCUCAAGUUUGAAGAGGUACUUUCAGAUCGAAUAAAGUUUAGUUGGGAGGCUCCACUUGCAGAUGGUGGCUCUCCAAUUACAAAUUAUGUUGUUGAUAAACGUGAGACAAGCAGAGCUAACUGGGCCCAGGUUUCUGCUAAAAUCACUGGUGAUACAACAGAAUUUUCAGUGGAGAGACUGAUCGAGGGGCAUGAGUACCAGUUUCGCGUUCGUGCUGAAAACCACUAUGGCUCUGGUGAUGCCAUAGUAUCAGACCCUGUUGUUGCAAGGAAUCCCUUCACUGUUCCUGGAGCAUGUGACCCACCAGUCCUUACAAACAUAACAAAGGAGAAUAUUACUGUGAGCUGGAAGGAGCCAACUGAUGAUGGAAACUCCCCUAUCCUUGGAUACAUGGUUGAGAAGCGUGAGACCAAGGAAAUAAACUGGACCAAACUCAACAGAAAACCCUUGCUGGCGAGAACACUUGAAGUUGGCUGUCUCUCUGAGGGAGCUCAGUAUGAGUUUAGAGUUAUUGCUGUUAAUCAAGCUGGCCUUGGCAAACCCAGUGAGCCAUCUAAUGCAGCCUCUGCUCUUGAUCCUUUGUAUCCUCCUGGUCCACCGGUUUCUCCUAAGGUCACAGACACGUGCAGCAGCACCAUUAGCCUAACUUGGACUAAGCCCGCAAAUGACGGUGGAAGUGAAAUUUUGGGAUACCUUGUUGAAUGCAAAAGAACUAAUACAACAGACUGGAUAAGAUGCAAUGUACCCAAGAAUCUUCAUGAUACAAAUUAUGUUGUCUCUGGACUCCUGGAGAACUCUGAAUACCAACUUCGUGUUAGUGCUGUAAACAAAGUUGGAUUCGGUCAGCCUAGUGAAGUUCCUGACAAACAUGUUGCAAAGGAUGUUUUCGUUGCUCCUGAGGCCGAGAUUGAUGCGGAGUUGAAAGAAACUUUGGUGCUAAAGGCUGGCAGUAAAAUGAAACUUCAUGCCAUAAUUAAGGGUCGGCCAACCCCCAGGGUGACCUGGGCCAAGAUGAACACCAACAUUAAAGACAGACCAGGAAUCGUAAUUAAGACCACAGACAAUGAUACAUUGGUUUGUGUUGAGAAAGUGAACAGAUAUGAUGCAGGGAAAUACAUUCUGAAUCUCGACAGUGUAAGCGGAAUGAAGAUGUACACAGUUGUUGUCAAGGUCCUUGAUACACCUGGUCCUCCACUGAAUCUGAUGAUAAAAGAGAUGACGAAGGACAGUGCCUCUAUCCUAUGGGAUGCACCUCUAAUUGAUGGUGGAAGUGAGAUUACAGGUUACAUUGUUGAAAAACGAGAUGCAGAAAGGAAAGCAUGGUCAUCUGUUUCAACCACUUGUAACAAAACAUCUUUUAAAAUUGAUGAUCUGGAAGCUGGAAGAUCAUAUUGCUUUAGGGUUCUGGCUCAGAAUGAAUAUGGCAUUGGUGAAGCUUGUGAAACUGUAGAUGCUGUCAGAGCCUCUGAACAACCAGGACCAGUUAUGGACUUUAAGACAUUGCUUGUAACCAAGUACUCUUGUACUCUGUCCUGGAAAAAACCCAUUAGUGAUGGUGGUAGCCGUAUCAUUGCAUAUGUGCUUGAGGUACUUAAUGGUGGAGACAAAUGGAAGGAACUUCUUAGAUCAAAGAACAUGCAAUAUAGUGCAAAAGAUCUUGUUGAAGGAAGAGAAUAUAAAUAUAGAGUAAAAGCAACAAAUGAUUCUGGUGACGGUCCUGAAAAGGAACUCUCUGUGAUUGCAAAAGAUGUCAAUGUUUAUCCAAGCUGUGACUUGCGAGAGUUGCCAAACUUGAACUACAUUGCAAAGGAAGGAAGCACUGUACGUCUCAAGAUUCCGAUUAUUGGAAAACCAGUCCCUAUAGUCACAUGGAAGAAGGGAGAGGAUGAAAAUCUCACAGACACAGGGAGAGUGUGUGUAGAAUCUACAGCUGUUAACACAACUCUCUUGAUUCGCGACUGCCAAAGGACUGAUGCCUCAAAAUACACCAUCACUCUACGUAACACUGCUGGAACAAAAGAGUCCACAAUUUUUGUGAGAGUUGUUGGUAAACCAGGUAUUCCAAUCGCACCAAUUAAGUUCAAGGAAGUGACUGCAGAUGGUGCAACCUUGAAAUGGGGUGCUCCUAAAGACGAUGGCGGAUCAGAAGUUACCAACUACAUUCUUGAAAAACGGGAUUCUGUUACCAAUAUGUGGGUCACUGUGUCCUCAUCAGUGGACACAAACACUUUCAGAGUGACUGGUCUCCAUGAGGGAACAGAGUACAUCUUUAGAGUUAGUGCAGAAAACAAAUAUGGAAUUGGUGAGGGCCUCAAAUCAGAGCCCAUGUUUGCCAAGCAUCCAUUCAAUGUACCAGAUUCACCUCCUGCACCACAAGUCAUGAGUAUGCGUCAUAAUUCAGCAACUCUUGCGUGGUCUGAUCCAAGGAAAACUGGAGGCUCACCUGUCACAGGUUACCAUGUUGAAUUCAAGGAAAGAAACAGCAUGUUGUGGAAAAGAGCAAACCCAACUGCUUUGAAGAUGAGGGAUUUCAAAGUGACAGGUUUAACCGAGGGUUUAGAGUAUGAGUUCAGAGUUAUGGCUAUAAAUCUGGCCGGUGUUGGAAGGCCAAGUCCCGCAACUGAGGCAAUGGUUGCCUUGGAUCCAAUUGAUGCACCUGGCAGACCUGAUGUGAUUAGCAUCACUAGAAGCACUGUAACACUUCAAUGGACAGAACCUCAAUAUGAUGGUGGACACAGGCUCACAGGCUACAUUGUUGAAAGACGUGAUCUCCCAGCUAAAGUCUGGGUGAAGGCUAACACAGUCAAUGUUGUGGAUUGUGCAUAUACUGUAACUGACUUGCAGGAGGGUUGCAAGUAUGAAUUCAGAAUAAGAGCAAAGAAUGCAGCUGGAGCGAUAAGUCCACCCUCUGAACAAACAGAUACCCUUGUAUGCACAGAUGAAUAUGCGGCACCAACCAUUACCAUUGAUCCAACAGUUAAGGAGGGACUUACACUCAGAGCGGGUGAUACAAUUAUAAUAACAGCAACAAGCAUUGAGGGAAAACCUCAACCAUCCUCUGUGUGGUCAAAGGGUGGAAAGUAUUUCAAGCCAUCAGAUGUAUGUCAAAUAGAAACUUCCCCUUCUUCCUCUACUCUUUCAAUUAAGUAUGCAAGUAGGAAGGAAUCAGGAGAGUACACAAUUACAGCAAGUAAUCCAUUUGGUGUCAAAGAAGAGAAUGUGAAAGUGACAGUUUUAGAUGUUCCUGGACCUCCAGGGCCAGUUGAAGCAAGUGGAAUUUCAUCAGAAAAGGUCACUUUGACAUGGACACCACCUUAUGAAGAUGGUGGCUCUUCAGUAAAGUAUUACUUUUUGGAGAAAAGAGAAACAAGCCGUCUCAUGUGGACCAUUCUUGCCGAAAAGGUCAUUGAAUGCCACUUUGUUGCAAAUAAGCUUAUCCAGGGAAAUGAAUACAUCUUCCGUGUUUCUGCUGUCAACAAUUCUGGAACUGGUGAUGCUUCCCAUUCUGAUCCAGUCAAAAUGGUGGAUAACUAUGGUCCCCCAGGCCCUCCAGCUAAACCAGAGGUUAAAAAUGUUGGAGGAAAUUCUGUAACCAUUGCAUGGAAAAGACCAGCUGAGGAUGGAGGAAGUGAUAUAACAGGCUACAUGGUUGAGAAGAAAGAAAAAAAAGGCAUGAGGUGGACACGAGCAUCAAAGAAAACAAUCCCUGACCUCCAGUUUACAGUAAUGGGGCUAAAAGAGGGAAUUGAAUAUGAGUUCAGAGUAUCUGCUGAGAAUAUGGCAGGCUUUGGGGAGCCAAGCGAACAUUCACUGCCUGUAAGGACCAAGGUUGUUGCAGAUGUACCUGAACCUCCAGUAAACCCAAGGGUCACUGACACAACAAAAACAACGGCAGAAUUGCAUUGGGGCAAGCCACUUAAUGAUGGUGGCAUGGAAGUCACAGGUUACCUAGUUGAGCACAAAAAGGAGGGAGAAGAAGACUGGCUGAAAGACACAGUUGCACCUCUAAGGAUCACUGAGUUUGUUGUCGCCAACUUGCAGGCUGGAGCGAAAUAUCAUUUCAGAAUUAGUGCAGUGAAUGCAAUGGGCAUUAGUGAACCAGCACAAACAGAGGAUCUUUAUGAAAUUGUUGAACGUGAAGAAAUCCCUGAUCUAGAUCUUGAUGUUGAACUCAGAAGGACAUUAGUUGUUAGAGCAGGUGCCUCUAUUCGUAUAUUUAUUCCUAUUAAAGGGCGUCCAACUCCUACAGUGAUGUGGACAAAAGAGGAUUCACCAUUGAAAACUCGCGCACACAUUGACAAUUCCGAAUCAUACACCCUGUUAGUAAUUCCUGAGUGUAAUAGGCGUGAUGCAGGGAAAUAUGACUUGACAUUAGAAAAUGCUGCUGGAAAGAAGACUGCCUCGGUGUAUGUAAGGGUUUUGGACUCACCUGGGCCUCCUCUCAACCUGAAACCCAAAGCAAUUGACAAAGAGAGCAUUACUUUGCAAUGGGAAAUGCCUCUUAUUGAUGGAGGUGCAAAGAUUACCAAUUACAUAAUUGAGAAAAGAGAGUCUACUCGCAAGGCGUAUGCUGCUGUGAUCACACAAUGUGAGACAUGCUUUGUUAGAGUUCCAGAUCUGGGAGAGGGUUUAGAGUAUUAUUUCAGAGUUUUUGCUGAAAAUGAGUAUGGCAUUGGUGAAGCAGUUGAAACUCCAGACCCAAUCAGAGUAUCUCAAGCACCAACUCCACCAGAAAAUGUCACUUUUACUGAUGUUACAAAGAACUCAGUUAGUCUUGCAUGGACUAAACCAAAACAUGAUGGUGGAAGUAGAGUUACAGGUUAUGUAAUUGAGGCACAAAAGAAAGGAACAGACCAGUGGGCACAUGUGACAACUGUGAAGACUUUUGACUUUGUUGUAAAAAAUCUUAAUGAAAAUGAAGAGUAUAUAUUUCGUGUGUUUGCGGUGAACAGUUCUGGCCGAAGUCUUCCUCGCACAAGCAAGCCUGUUGUUAUCAGAGAACAAAGUUCUGAGCCAGGAUUUGACCUCCGUGGUGUGUGUCAGAAGAUUGUUAUUGCCAAGGCUGGUGAUGAUAUCAAGGUUGAGGUGCCUGUUUCUGGACGUCCUAAACCAACUAUUUCCUGGCAGAAAGACAAUCAGCCCCUCAAACUGACACAACGUACAAUGAUUGAAAAUACCUCCACCUCAACUAUAUUGAUCAUAAAUGAAUGUUUGAGGAGUGACUGUGGAGUGUUCUCAAUGACAGGGAAGAACAUAGUUGGCUCAGUUACAGAUAGCAUUACUGUAAAGGUGCAUGAUGUGCCUGGACCACCAAAGGGACCAAUUAAACUGGACAAAAUAUCACGUACUUUCAUUGAAUUCUCAUGGGAAGCUCCUGAAAAUGAUGGAGGAGUACCAAUCAAUAACUAUAUAGUUGAAAUAAGGGAAACUACUAGCCAGACAUGGGUAGAACUGUCCUCAUUGAUAAUUCGUACAACAUUUAAAGCAACCCGUUUAAUUACUGGAGCUGAAUACCAAUUCCGUGUCAAGGCCAAAAACCGAUAUGGCACAGGGCCUCCGAUAACAUCAGAGGCAGUGGUUGCUGCAUAUCCAUUUAAGGUGCCUGGACCACCAGGAACACCCAAAGUUGUCACAUUCACUAAAGAUACAAUGACAAUUGGCUGGAAUGAACCUGUUGCUGAUGGCGGAAGUGAGGUCAUUGGUUACCAUGUUGAAAGGAAAGAAAGGAACAGUAUUAUUUGGCACAGGAUUAGCAAAGCACUUGUGGUUGGAAAUCUGUUCAAAUCCACAGGACUUGAAGAUGGUGUUGCUUAUGAAUUCCGUGUGAUUGCUGAAAACAUAGCUGGAAUUGGAAAACCAAGCAAGUCUUCUGAACCAGUGCUUGCUCUUGAUCCAGUGGAUCCACCUGGUCAACCUGUCCCAUCCUAUGUGUCGAAAAAUGCCAUCACUAUCCAGUGGACAAAACCAGAGUAUGAUGGUGGAUUUAAGAUUACUGGUUACACUGUGGAAAAGAGAGACCUUCCAGCUGGACGCUGGAUAAGAGCUAAUUUUACAAAUAUUAUCGAAACUACAUUCACUAUAAGUGGUCUAACACAAGAUGCCUCUUAUGAAUUCCGUGUAAUGGCAAGAAAUUCAGCAGGCGCUGUUAGUAACCCAUCAGAUCCAUCAGAUCCAAUUAUUUGCAAAGAUGACAUUGAAGAACCAAGAAUUAUGGUUGAUGCCAAAUUUAAAGAUAUUGUACUUGUCAAAGCAGGAGAGAUGUUCAAACUUGAAGCUGAUGUUGCAGGCCAACCAUUACCAUCUAUGGUUUGGACAAAAGAUGGAAAAGAUGUUGAAAAUACAUACAAACUACAGAUUAAAAUGACAGACAUUACAGCAGCCUUGAUCAACAAGGAUUCUGUCAGAAAGGAUGGUGGUGAAUUUGUGCUGACAGCAACAAAUAUUGGUGGUUUUGCUAAGCAUGUCUUCAAUGUGAAGGUUCUUGAUAGACCAGGACCACCUAAAGGACCUCUGGCAGUUUCAGAUAUUACAGCAGAAAAAUGUGUGCUCACAUGGAAUCCACCUGCAGAUGAUGGUGGUGCAAAUAUUCAGCAUUAUAUUAUUGAAAAACGUGAGUCAAGCCGACUUGCAUGGACAAAUGUGGCAUCAGACUUGCAGGUUAACCAGUAUCAAGUGACAAAAUUGCUCAAAGGUAAUGAAUACAUUUUCAGAGUUAUGGCUGUUAACAAGUAUGGUGUUGGAGAACCUCUCGAGUCUGAACCAACAAUUGCAGAAAAUCCAUAUGCACCACCAGGUCCUCCACAAACACCUGAGAUAACAGCAGUCACCAAGGAUUCAAUGGUCCUCUGUUGGGGGGCACCAGUGAGCAAUGGUGGAAGUGAAAUCACCAGUUAUCGCAUUGAGAAAAGAGAUAAGAUUGGCUUGCGCUGGGUUAAAUGUAACAAAAAGAAAGUUACAGACUUAUAUUUCAAGGUUACUGCACUUGUUCCAAGCCAUGAAUAUGAAUUCAGAGUUUUUGCAGAAAAUGCAGCAGGAAUAAGUGAACCAAGCCCUUCAUCACAAUUUGUCAAGGCCACAGACACUCUUUUCAAACCAGGUCCACCUGGCAACCCAAGAGUCCUGGACACAACAAGUUCUUCCAUCACCCUUGCAUGGAACAAACCAGUUUAUGAUGGUGGUUCUGAAAUAACUGGGUAUAUUGUUGAGACCUGUCUCCCUGGAACUGAAGAGGAAGAAUGGACAAUUGUCUCCCCUAAAGAGGGUGUAAAGGGGACAUCAUUUACAAUUACAAAUCUUAAAGAAAAUCAGGAAUAUAAAAUCAACGUGUCUGCUCUAAAUAGCGAGGGUAUUGGAGAAGCAGCAUCUAUUCCUGGUUCACCAAAAGCAGAGGAAAGACUCAUACCACCAGAGGCUGACCUUGAUGCUGAACUUCGUAAGAUUGUGAACAUCAGAGCUUGCAAUACACUGAGACUUUUUGUGCCAAUUAGAGGUAGACCAACACCAGAUGUUAAAUGGUCUAGAGAGAAUGAUGAACCUUUAGACAGAGCUACAAUUGAAACUACAUCAUCUUUUACGUCAAUGGUUAUUGGAAAUGUGAAUAGAUUUGACAGUGGAAAAUACAAUUUGACUAUAGAAAACAGCUCCGGAACAAAGACAGUCUCUGUGACUGUUAGAGUUCUAGAUACACCUGGAGCACCACAAAACUUAAAAAUUUGUAGGGUCACUAAAGAAUCUGUUUCACUUGUGUGGGAUCCUCCACUAAAUGAUGGUGGUUCCAAAGUAAAGAAUUACAUUGUUGAAAAGCGUGAGGCAACAAGAAAAGCAUAUGCUACAGUUAAUGCAAUCUGUCACAAAACUACUUGCACAAUUGAUCAACUCCAAGAAGGCUGCAACUACUACUUUAGAGUUCUAGCAGAAAAUGAAUAUGGUGUUGGUCUUCCUAUUGAGACUGGUGAAUCAGUGAAAGUGUCUGAGAAGCCACUCCCCCCUGGUAAGAUUACACUUCAAGAUGUCACAAAGACAAGUGUCACAUUAUCGUGGGAGAAACCUGAUCAUGAUGGAGGAAGUAGAGUGGUUGCAUAUGUUGUAGAGAUGCAGAGUAAAGGGAGUGAGAAAUGGACACAGGCUGUGAUUGUUAAGGUAUGUGAGGCAGUUAUUACUGGGCUUGCACCUGGUGAAGAGUAUAUGUUCCGUGUUUCUGCAAGGAAUGAAAAGGGAACCAGUGAUCCUCGUCAAAUUGGUGUACCUGUGAUUGCCAAGGACCUUGUGUUUGCUCCAUCUGCAAAGCUGUUGUUCUCAACAUUCAGUGUCCUGGCUGGAGAGGAUUUGACAAUUGAUAUUCCAUAUACUGCUCGUCCCAAGGCUGCCAUUUCAUGGCUAAAGGAAGCAGUUCCACUUAAACGAACAACCAGGGUUAACUUUUCCUCUACAGAUACACUACUGAAUCUAAUAUUCAAAGAGGCAUGCAGAGAUGAUGUCGGCCAGUAUAGCAUUAAACUAUCAAAUAUAGCUGGUGACACAACAGUGGAUAUUGGAAUAGUUGUUCUUGACAAACCUGGUCCACCAACAGGCCCUGUUAAAGUUGAAGAAGUAACAGCUGACAGUGUUACAAUUUCUUGGAAGCCACCAGAGUAUGAUGGGGGCUGCACAAUUAACAAUUACAUAGUAGAAAAGAGGGACACAUCCACAACAAAUUGGCAGGUUGUAGCUGCAAAUUUAGCAAGAACUCAAAUUAAGGCUGGAAGACUAAAGACAGGCUCUGAAUAUCAGUUCAGAAUUGCAGCAGAAAACAGAUAUGGCAAAAGCCCUCUGCUUGUGUCUGAAUCUGUUGUUGCACAAUAUCCUUACAAACUACCAGGCCCUCCUGCAACACCCUUUGUGCAGUCAUCCACAAAAGAAAGCAUGCUGGUGGUGUGGAAUGAGCCUGUCAUUGAUGGUGGAAGCACAAUUUUGGGAUAUCAUCUUGAGCGUAAAGAGAGAAACAGCAUUCUUUGGAUUAAACUUAACAAAAGUCUAAUUCAGGACACAACAUUCAAGACCACAGGCCUUGAGGAAGGCCUGGAGUAUGAGUUCAGAGUUUAUGCUGAAAACAUAGUUGGUAUUGGGAAGGCUAGCAAGGUCUCAGAGGGCUACAUUGCCAGAGAUCCCUGUGAUCCUCCUGGAACACCUGAAGCAGUUAAGAUCACAAAGGAUUCAGUUACAAUUAUUUGGACCAAGCCAGAGUAUGAUGGUGGAAGCAAAGUCAUUGGAUACAUUGUAGAGAAAAAGGAAUUGCCUGCGGGACGCUGGAUGAAGGCAAACUUCACUAAUGUCAUAGAGACUGAGUAUACUGCAACAGGUCUUACAGAGGACCAGAAAUAUGAGUUCCGUGUCAUUGCAAGAAAUGCUGCUGGGGUUUUCAGUGAUCCUUCAUACAGUACUGGACCUAUAAUGGCAAAAGAUGAGAUUGAACCACCACACAUCAGCAUAGAUCCAGAGUACACUCAAACAAUUAUUGUAAAUGCUGGAGACAACUUCAAGAUUGAUGCUGAUGUUCAUGGAAAACCAAUACCCACAAUCCACUGGAUAAAGAGUGAGCAGGAACUUGGAAACACCAUACAUCGUGAAAUUAAAAGCACAGACAACUUUACCUCUUUGACUGUAAAAGAGGCCAAACUUGCUGAUGGAGGUCAAUAUACUCUACUGCUGCGGAAUCCAGGAGGAGAGAAAGCUGUCCAAGUCAAUAUCAGUGUCCUAGAUAAGCCUGGGCCACCAGAGGGACCUAUCUCCAUCACAGGUGUAACCAAUGAGCAAUGCUGUCUUACUUGGAAACCACCUAAACAAGAUGGUGGCAGCAACAUCACUCAUUAUAUUGUUGAAAAAAGAGAGACUAGCAGACUACUUUGGACAGUUGUUGAACCCAAAGUUCAAGCUGAAAAUCUUAAAGUUACAAAACUGCUUGAAGGAAAUGAAUAUAUUUUCAGAGUCUUACCAGUUAACAAAUUUGGUGUUGGUCAGUCAUUGCAGUCAAGUGCAGUUAUUAUCAAGAAUCCAUUUACACCUCCAGAUGCACCAAAAGGAGUAGAAAUCUCUAACGUUAAGAAAGAUUCUAUGGUCUUAACCUGGGAGGCCCCAACUAACGAUGGUGGCACUCCUGUCACUGGCUAUGUUAUUGAGAAGCAUGACAAGGAAGGUAUUAGGUGGACUAGAUGCAACAUGAAAACAGUUACUAACAUCACAUUUAAAGUUACUGGACUCCUUGAAAACCACCUCUAUGAAUUCAGAGUUGCUGCUGAGAAUACUGCUGGAGUUGGAGAGGCAAGUUCUGCAACUGUAUUUUAUAAAGCACUGGAUCCUGUCUUCAAGCCAGGCCCACCAUAUAAUCCAAAGGUGAUUGACAUGACAAGAUCAUCUGUUUUACUUACAUGGGGAAAGCCUAUUUAUGAUGGUGGCUGUGAGAUCCAGGGAUACAUUGUUGAAGCAUGUGAAGUAAAAGAAGCCAUGGGUGAGGUACAGACUCCAGUAGAGGAAGGCAAGGCUGCAGAGGAAUCAGCAGCUGAUGAAUGGACAAUGUGCACCCCACCAACAGGUGUUAAAUUAACACGUUUUACUUUGGAAAAUCUGAAAGAAAAACAAGAAUACAAAUUCAGGGUUUGUGCAGUUAACAAGGUUGGUGUUGGAGAUCAUGCUGAUGUUGCUGGGCCCAUUCUGCCAGAGGAUAAAACUGAGGAACCAGAUCUUGAUAUUGAUCCUGAGUUUAGAAAGGUUAUGCGUAUUAAAGCUGGAGGAUCUCUCAGGAUGUUCAUCCCUGUCAGAGGAAGACCAGCUCCACAAAUCACAUGGAAAAAGGAUGGUGGGCAAAUCAAGGAGACAGCACAGAUUGAGACAACCAGCAGUUACACUUCCCUUGUGAUUGAUAAAAUAAAUAGGGCAGAUAGUGGUAAAUACAAUGUGAUUGCAGAAAACUCUGCUGGUGUAAAAUCAGAAACUAUUAGUGUCAAAGUACUUGAUACACCAAGUGCUCCGCUCAACCUCAAAGUGAAAGAAAUUACAAAGGAAUCUGUCACACUUACAUGGGAGCCUCCAUCUUUGGAUGGUGGUGCAAAGAUAAAAAAUUACAUUGUUGAGAAGCGUGAGAGCACUAGAAAAACAUUCUCUGCUGUUGUCACAAACUGCCACACACUUUCAUGGAAAAUUGAACCACUUCAAGAAGGCUGCAGUUACUAUUUUAGAGUGCUGGCAGAAAAUGAACAUGGUGUAGGAUUACCUGCAAAUAUCACUGAUCCUUUGAAGGUUUCAGAAGUGGCUCAAUGUCCUGGUAAAUUAAGUGUUGUAGAUGUUACUAAAACAAGUGUGUCACUUGCUUGGGAAAAGCCUAUUCAUGAUGGUGGCAGUAGAAUUCUUCAGUAUCUUGUUGAAAUGCAAGUCAAGGGUAAUGACAAAUGGUCUGGUUGUGCCAAUGUUAAAACAUUAGAGGCUAUAAUUAAUAAUCUGAACCCUGGAGAAGAGUACAUUUUCAGAGUAAUUGCUAUCAAUGAAAAAGGAAAGAGUGACCCUAGAACACUUGCUGUGCCAGUGCAAGCAAAGGACCUUGUCAUUGAACCUGAUGUAAGACCUGCAUUUAGCAACUACAGUGUUCUUGUUGGAAAGGACCUACAAGUUGAAAUUCCGAUUUCUGGUCGCCCUAAGUCAAAGGUCACAUGGACAAAGGAUGGUGCAGCCCUCAAAUUCACAACAAGGGUUAACAUUUCUAAUACAGUACACAGCACUAUUCUUAGCAUUAAAGAAGCAGCAAGAGAGGAUGGUGGAAUGUAUGGAAUAAAUGUGUACAAUGUUGUUGGACAGAAGGAUGCAACCAUUGAAAUCAUCACUCUUGAUAAACCCGGCCCACCAACUGGCCCUGUGCGAUUUGAUGAGAUAACUGUAUCAAGCGUUACAUUGUCAUGGGAUCCUCCUAAGUUUACUGGUGGCUGCACAAUUUCAAAUUACAUUGUGCAAAAGAGAGAUACAACUACAACAGCAUGGGAGAAUGUUGCCAUUUCAUUAUCAAGAACAACACUGAAAGUACCAAGACUGAAAACCGGUGCUGAGUAUCAAUUCAGAAUCAUUGCUCAAAACAAAUAUGGCAAGAGUUAUGCUUUGGACUCUUCAGCUGUUGUUGCUCAGUAUCCUUAUAGAGAACCAGGACCCCCAGGAACUCCAUUUGUGUCAUCACUUUCUAAGGACCAUAUGGUUGUUGAGUGGCAUGAGCCAGUUUCUGAUGGAGGCAGCAGCAUUAUUGGAUAUCAUCUUGAAAGGAAAGAGAGAAACAGCAUCCUUUGGACAAAGAUAAAUAAGACAUUGAUUCAAGACACACGAUUCAAAACCAGUCCUUUAGAGGAAGGUGUUGAAUAUGAGUUCAGAGUCUAUGCUGAAAAUAUUGUUGGCAUUGGCAGAUGCAGCAAAAUCUCAGAGGGCUUUGUUGCUCGUGAUCAGUGUGAUCCUCCUGGAACCCCAGAAGCUAUGCAUGUCAGCAAAAAUUCCAUAACCAUCCAAUGGACAAAGCCAGAGUAUGAUGGUGGAAGUGUUAUCACUGGCUAUACUGUUGAAAAACGUGAUCUUCCAGAGGGACGCUGGAUGAAAGCAAGUUUCACAAAUGUUAUUGAAACCAAUUUUACUGUCACUGGGCUGACAGAAGGUGCCAAAUUUGACUUCAGGGUAAUUGCAAAGAAUGCAGUUGGCACUGUCAGCAAGCCAUCAUACAACAGUGGACCUGUUGCAGCAUUGGAUGAGGUAGAGCCACCAAAGUUCUCAAUUGACCCAGAAUACACCCAAGCUAUUAUUGUGAAUGCAGGAGAUACAUUUAAACUUGAAGCUGAUGUUCAUGGUAGGCCUGUUCCCACAAUCCAGUGGUUUAAGAGUGACAAGGAGGUUGAAAACACAAUUAGAUGUGAAAUAAAAAACACUGACAACAGAGCCUUAAUCACUGUAAAAGAUGCAGUCAGACAAGAUGGUGGAAAUUAUACUCUCCAGCUCACUAAUGUUGCUGGCUCUCAGACUGUUCCAUUCCAAGUAAAGGUGCUUGAUAAACCAUGCCCACCAGAAGGGCCUCUUCAUGUCACAGGUGUAUCAAGCGAUAAAUGUACUCUGACAUGGCGUGCGCCACAAGACGAUGGAGGAAGCACUAUAUCUCAUUACAUUAUUGAGAGACGUGAAACAAGUCGCCUUGCUUGGACUAUUGUUUCUAAUGAUUGCAAAACAACAACAUACAAAGUAACAAAGCUCCUGGAAGGUAAUGAAUAUAUUUUCCGUGUUAUGGCUGUCAACAGUUAUGGUGUUGGUGAGCCAAUAAAUACACCGUCGACAAUAAUGAAAGAUCCAUUUGUUCCACCUGGCUCACCACAUAUUAUUGAGGUGACAAAUAUUGCAAGGGACUCCAUGACUGUUUGCUGGAGUGCACCAGACUCUGAUGGUGGAAGUGAAAUUCUUGGCUACAUUAUUGAGAAAAGAGACCGGUCUGGAAUUAAAUGGACAAGAUGUAACAGACAGAAAGUCACUGAUGUAUGUUUCAGAGUUCAAGGACUUAUUGAGGAUCAUGAAUAUGAAUUCAAAGUAUCAGCUGAAAAUGCAGCUGGAAUUGGAGUGCCAAGCUUGCCAACUGCAUACUACAAGGCUUGUGAUCCCAAAUACAAACCUGGUCCACCCAUGAAUGCACAUGUUAUAGAUACAACCAAGACUUCAAUUACAGUGGCAUGGGGAAAACCCAUUAAUGAUGGGGGAUGUGCAAUUCAAGGAUAUAUUGUUGAGAUAUGCAAAGCCGAAGAGGAGGAAUGGACUAUGUGUACUCCCCCCACUGGCCUUCGCAUCAACAAAUUUGAAAUCACUAAGCUAACAGAACAACAAGAAUAUAAGAUUCAAAUAUGUGCCAUCAAUAAAUUAGGUGUUGGUGAACCAGCAGUUAUUCCGGGAACAGCAAAGACUGAGGACAAGCAAGAGGCUCCUGAAAUUCAUCUUGAUUCAGAGCUGAGGAAAGGCAUUGUUGUACGUUGUGGAGGGUCAGUUGCAGUCAAUGUACCAUUCAGAGGCAGACCGAUGCCAGAUAUCAAAUGGACUAAAGAUGAAGGUGAAUUGUCAGAAAAGUCAGUGAUUGAAAAGGGUCUUAACUUCACCCAGCUUUCAAUCGACUCUUGUGACAGAAGGGACUCUGGAAAAUACACUGUGACUCUAGAGAACAGCAGCGGCUCUGUUUCUGAAUUUGUGGCUGUUAAAGUAUUAGAUACACCUGGAGCACCAGUGAAACUUGUAGUUAAGGAUAUCAAGACAGACAGUGUCACACUAGUUUGGGAACCACCACUUAAUGAUGGAGGUGCAAAGAUCAAGAAUUAUGUUGUUGACAAGCGGGAAUCCACAAGAAAGGCUUAUGCAAAUGUAACAAACAAGUGCACCAAGACAACUUAUAAGGUGGAAAAUCUUGUAGAAGGGGCCAUGUAUUACUUCAGAGUUAUGGCAGAAAAUGAAUAUGGUGUUGGUUUACCAAUUGAAACAAAGACAGCUUCAAAGGCCUCUGAAGUACCUCAACCAGUUGGAAAGGUAAUUUUGACUGAUGUGACUAAAGUAAGUGCAUCACUUGCUUGGGAAAAACCAGAGCAUGAUGGUGGUAGUAGAAUUGUAGGCUACCUUAUUGAAAUGCUUCCAAAAGGAACUGAAAAAUGGGGUGUAGCAACAAAUGUAAAAGAAUGUGAAGGAACAGUUACUGGACUGACCUCUGGUAAGGAAUAUGCAUUCCGUGUUCUGGCAUACAAUGAGAAAGGCAAAGGUGAGCCAAAGGCUCUUGCUGCACCUGUUAUUGCAAAUGACCUCACAGUUGAGCCAAUCCUAAAAUUGCAGUUCAACACAUAUAGUGUCAAAUCUGGAGAUGAUUUCAAACUUGAAAUACCUAUUUUUGGACGUCCAAAACCAAAAAUUACUUGGACAAAGGAUGGACAAUCACUCAAGGUUACAUCCAGAGUUAGUACUUCAAAUACGCCAACCUCCACAGUCCUACAGAUUACUGAAGCUUGUAAAGAUGACCUUGGAAAAUAUGCAGUUACUGCAACAAACAGUGCUUGUACAGUUACAGAAGAUAUCAGUAUCAUAAUUCUAGAUAAACCUGGUCCACCCACAGGACCAAUAAAAAUAAAUGAAGUUAGCAAUAACUCUGUUUCCAUUUCAUGGGAACCCCCAGAGUAUACAGGCGGCUGCCAAGUAAAGCAUUACAUUGUCGAAAAGCGAGACAACACUGAAACUACUUGGCAAGUUGUUGCUGGUUCUGUUGCCAGGACUUCUCUCAAAAUUACCAAUUUGAAAACAGGUGCUGAGUUUCAGUUUAGAGUCAUUGCUGAGAAUAGAUAUGGUAAGGGUGCUUCUUUGGACUCAAAGUCAAUUGUCGUACAAUAUCCUUACAAACCCCCUGGGCCACCUGGUACUCCAUAUAUAAAGUCUGCCACCAAGGAUCAAAUGAUAAUUGAGUGGAAUGAACCAGUCAAUGAUGGUGGCAGUUCAGUGAUUGGAUAUCACCUUGAGAGCAAAGAAAGAACAAGUAUUCUAUGGACAAAACUAAACAAAACCCUUAUUAAUGACACUGUUUUCAAAAUAUGCAAUCUUGAGGAAGGAAUUGGAUAUGAAUUCAGGGUAUGUGCUGAAAACAUUGUUGGUAUUGGGAGACCAAGCAAAGUUUCAGAGAGCUUUGUUGCUCGUGACCCAUGUGAUCCACCUGGUACUCCUGAGGCAGUGGUAAUAUCAAAGAACCACAUUAGGAUUCAGUGGACAAAGCCUCAAUAUGAUGGUGGCAGCAAAGUAACUGGAUAUAUUGUUGAAAGGAGAGAUUUGCCUGAGAGACGAUGGAUAAGGGCAAACUUUACCAAUGUUAUUGAGACAGAAUUUACCAUUACAGGCUUAACAGCAGACAAUCAGUAUGAAUUUAGAGUAAUUGCAAGAAAUGCAGCUGGUGUCUUCAGUGAGCCUUCUGACAGCUCUGGACCAAUUACUGCUACAGAUGAAAUUGAACCUCCUAGCGUUUCAAUGGAUCCCAAGUACAAUGAUGUCAUUAUUGUCAGUGCUGGAGCUAAUUUAGUUUUGGAUGCAGAUAUUCAUGGAAAACCCACUCCUGAUAUCCAAUGGCUAAAAGAAGGAAAGGAAAUUGAUAAGAUACUGCGCAUUGAAGUAAAAAGCACACAUAAAUAUGCUUCUAUUACAAUCAAAGACUGUACAAGAUUGGACAGUGGACACUAUGAUCUUGUUAUAAGCAACAGUGGUGGAACAAAAACCAUUCCAAUAAGUGUAAAAGUUCUUGAUAGACCAGGCCCACCCACUGGACCACUACGUGUAGCUGGCAUCAUGUCUGAUAAAUGUGAUCUAUACUGGUCUGAGCCAUCACAGAAUGGUGGUGCUAAUAUUUCUCAUUACAUCCUUGAGAAAAGGGAAACUAGCAGGCUAUCAUGGACUAUUGUUGAUACCAACAUCUCAACUGUGAGUUAUAAGGUGACCAAGCUUCUGGCAGGUGAUGAAUAUAUAUUUAGAGUUAUGGCUGUUAACAAAUAUGGUAUUGGUCAACCUUUGGAAUCUGAAGCUAUUAUUGCACGUAAUCCAUACAAGCCACCAAGUGCCCCAUCAGCACCAGAGGCAAGUGAGAUAACAAAAGAUUCAAUGACUCUAUCAUGGACUGCACCAGAGAGUGAUGGGGGAGCAGAAAUUACUUGUUAUCACUUGGAAAAGCGUGACAAAGAUGGGGUGAGAUGGACAAAAUGCAACAGAAAGAAGUUCACUGAUCUGCAUUUUAAAGUCACUGGUCUGUCAGAGGGACAUUUCUAUGAAUACCGUGUGGCUGCUGAGAAUGAAUCUGGGGUGGGAGAAUUUAGUGACCUGUCUCUAUUUUAUAGAGCAAUAAAUGCCACAACUCCCCCAGGUCCACCUCAUCACCCUAAGGUGACAGAUUACACUAGCUCAUCUGUAUCUCUGUCUUGGGGCAAGCCUGCUACUGAUGGUGGAGCAUAUGUUAAAGGUUAUAUUGUUGAGAUGAAAGAAGUUUCUUCAGAGGAAUGGACCAUAUGCACACCUCCAGCUGGUGUACAAGCAACACGCCUUACAGUUGAAAAGCUGAAGGAAAAUGCUGAGUAUAACUUCCGUGUCUGUGCCUUUAAUUCUGAAGGAGUUGGGGAGCCAGCUGAUGUUCAUGGCUCAGUGACUGCAUCUGAAAAAAUUGAGGCACCUGAAAUUGAACUUGAUGCUGACCUCAGGAAAGUUGUCUCAGUUCGUGCGGGGGGAUCUCUUCGCCUUUUCAUUACAAUUAGAGGUAGACCUGAGCCAACCAUCAAAUGGGAAAAGGAGGAUGGCACUCUAACAGAACGUGCUCAGAUCGAGUCCACAGGUUCAUAUACCAUGCUUGUAAUUGACAACAUCAAUAGAUUUGACAGUGGAAAAUAUGUCUUAACUCUUGAGAAUAAGAGCGGCACAAAAUCUGCAUUUGUGAAUGUCAGGGUGCUCGAUACACCAAGUUCUCCACAGAAGUUUGAAGUGAAAGAUGUUAAGAAAGAUUCUGUGAAUCUCUGCUGGGAGCCACCACUUACAGAUGGGGGAGCUAAAAUAACUAAUUAUGUAGUUGAGAAGCGAGAAUCUACAAGGAAAGCUUAUACAUCUGUGACAAGCAACUGCACACAAACUUCCUUUAAAGUUGAUGAACUGCAAGAGGGAGGCAUUUUCUAUUUCCGUGUGUGUGCUGUCAAUGAGUAUGGAUUUGGCUUGAUGGCAGAAACAAAAAAUCCUAUAAAGGUUGCACAGGUACCGAUGCCACCUGGAAAAGUAACUAUUGUGGAUAUUACAAAGAACAGCGUGACACUGACAUGGGUAAAACCUAUCCAUGAUGGAGGCAGUAAAAUCAUCUGCUACAAUGUAGAGAUGCAACAGAAGAGCAGUGACAAAUGGGGUGUAAGUUGCACAGUUAAGGUUCCAGAGGCUACUGUGAGCAACCUCACACAUGGUGAAACAUACUUAUUCAGAGUUUUUGCUCUUAAUGAGAAGGGUAAGAGUGAGCCUCAAGAACUUGGUGUGCCUGUUGUUGCUAAAGAUAUUGAGAUUGAACCCUCAGUACAACUGAUGUUCAAUACUUACAGUGUUAAGGCUGGAGGUGAUCUUACUGUAGAAGUCCCUGUGAGAGGUAGGCCUAAGCCAGUUGUCUCAUGGAAAAAGGAUGGCCUCCCACUGAGGCAAACAACCUCUCUUUCAAUCAUAAACACUAUAAUGUCCAGCAAAAUUGUCAUCAAGGAAGCUGCUAUUGAGCAUGUUGGUAAAUACGAAAUCACUCUUGCUAACACAGCAGGCACCAUGUCCACAGAUAUUGGUAUUGUUGUUCUUGAUAAACCUGGACCACCAGCUUCAGUAAAGGUUGAUGCUGUGACUUCUGACAGUAUUACAUUGUCAUGGACCCAACCAGAGUAUGAUGGUGGAUGCUCUAUAAACAAUUACAUUGUUGAAAAGAGAGAUACGAAUACAACAGAGUGGCAAAUUGUUUCAACAAAUGUCGCCAGAACAUCAAUCAAGGUACCUCGACUGACACAAGGUUCAGAGUACCAGUUUCGUAUCUAUGCAGUUAAUCGCUAUGGAAAGAGUAAGCCAAUUGAUUCUCCGGGCAUUACUGCACAGUACAUAUUCAAACAGCCUGGCCCACCUUCUACACCUCAUGUACCUCAAGCCACCAAGGUCUUUAUGCUCGUCACAUGGAAUGAACCAGUUAAUGAUGGUGGUAGCACAGUUCUUGGAUAUCAUUUAGAACGCAAGGAGAGGACCAGUAUUCUAUGGACAAAGGUGAACAGGACACUCAUCAAGGAUACUGAAUUUAAAGUAAUUGGCAUAGAGGAAGGCAUGAUGUAUGAGUUCCGUGUCUAUGCUGAAAAUAUUGCUGGAAUUGGCAAAGCAAGCAAAGCCAGUGAAGCCAUAGCUGCACGAGAUCCUUGCGAUCCUCCUGGUCAGCCUGUGGUAACUAGCAUUACCAAAUCCACUGUAUCUCUUUCUUGGACAAAGCCUGAGUAUGAUGGUGGAGCCAAAGUUACUGGUUACGUAAUUGAACGUAGAGAUCUUCCAGAGGGUCGCUGGAUAAGAUGCAAUUUUACUAAUGUUAUAGAGACCUACUUUGAUGUUACUGGUCUAACACAGGAUGACCAAUAUGAUUUCCGUGUCAUCGCAAAGAAUGCUGCUGGACUGUUCAGUGAGCCGUCUGACAACACUGGUCCUAUUACAGUUAAAGAUAAUGUAGAUCCACCACGCAUUAUGAUGGAUGUCAAGUUCAGAGAUGUGGUUGUAAAAGCUGGGGAAAUGCUGAAGAUUAAUGCUGACAUUGCAGGACGCCCACUUCCUGUUGCAUCUUGGUCAAAGGAUGGACAUGCAAUUGAACAAAAGGCAAGAAUUCAGGUCACUGGAACAGAUACUAGUACAAUGAUAGUAAUUAAAGACUGCAAAAGGAGCGAUUCUGGACAGUAUGCCUUGACUUUACAGAAUUUGGCAGGAAGUGUCACAACACCAGUAAAUUGUGUUAUUCUUGAUAAACCAGGACCUUCAGCAGGACCAUUGUCAGUCACAGGCCUCACAGCAGAAGAGUGCACAUUGUCAUGGGGACCACCACAAGAAAUCGGCGGAGCAGAAAUAACACAUUAUGUUGUUCAAAAACGAGAGACCAGCCGAUUGGCAUGGACACUAAUACAUGGAGAAGUGAACAUGACAACAUUUAAGGUCACUAAGCUCCUGAAAGGAAAUGAGUACAUAUUCCGAGUAUUGGCUGUCAACAAGUUUGGACUUGGUGAAGCUCUUGAAAGUGAAAUAGUCAAGGUUACCGAUCCAUACACCAUCCCAACAGCUCCAACAAAUGUUGAAAUCACAAGCGUGACCAGUGAGGAAAUGAAUCUUACUUGGGCAAAGCCUGCUUUUGAUGGAGGCAGUGAGAUUCUUGGAUAUAUCAUUGAAAGGCGGGAGAAAUCUGGUCUUCACUGGGUCCGUGUGAACAGGGAGCUUGUGACAGACCUAACAGCUGUGAUAUCUAAAGUAAGAAGAGGAUGUGAGUAUGAGUUUAGAGUUUAUGCUGAAAAUGCAGCAGGUGUGAGUCCAGCUAGUGAUCCAUCUCCUUCAGGAAGGGCAGAGGAUGAACUUCUGGUGCCAUCCCCACCAACUAAACCUAAGAUUUUGGAUCAUACAAAGACCUCUAUUACUAUUGCCUGGAAAAAGCCAUCAUCUGAUGGCGGUGCACAAAUCCUUGGAUACAGUGUGGAAUACAAGAAAUCUCAGGAUGAGGAGUGGGUUGUGGCUAUUCCAAUGACAAAGAGCACCGAAUUCACUAUUUCAGGUCUUACACCUGAUAUAGAGUAUGUAUUUGCUGUAAAAUCCAUAAACAAAAUAGGCAUAAGUGAGCAGUCGCCUGUUUCUGAGCCACAGCCAGCAAUAGACAGAAAGGAAGAGCCUGUGUUUGAAGUUGACAUUGAGAUGCGAAAGACUUUAAUUGUCAAGCAUGGCAAUUCAUUUACUUUAACAGCACCAUUUAAGGGAAUGCCAGUGCCUUCAGUUACAUGGAAUAAAGAGGAAGUUGAUCUCAAAGCAAGGGGAAGCAUUGAAACAACUGAAAACUUCACAUCUAUUACUAUUGAAAAAGCAACACGAAAUGACUCUGGACAAUAUAUUGCUACUUUAGACAAUGGUGUUGGAACUGCAUCUUUGCCAAUAGUGGUCAAAGUCCUUGAUUCCCCUGGACCACCAACUAAUGUGAAGAUUACAGAAGUCACAAAAGAUUCAGCUGCACUUACUUGGGAAGCUCCUGAGAAUGAUGGUGGUGAUGCUGUUAAAGCUUAUCAUGUUGAGAAGCGUGAAGCAAGCAAAAAGGCCUGGGUAUGUGUAACAAGCAACUGUCACAGUUUGACAUACAAGGUAGAAAAUUUACAAGAAGGUGCAAUCUACUACUUCAGAGUUAUUGGAGAAAAUGAGUUUGGUAUAGGUCUACCAGCUGAAACUAAAGAUGGAACCAAGAUUACAGAAAAACCAAGUCCACCUGCUAGACUUGGUGUUACUGCAGUCACAAAGGAUAGUGUUACCAUUGCGUGGUCAAAACCAGAGCAUGAUGGUGGAAGCCGAAUUACCAGCUACCUCAUUGAUGCACUUGAAAACGGCCAACAGAAGUGGGUUAAAUGUGCCACUGUUAAAGCCAACACCCACACAAUUAAGGGCCUGAGAGAAAAUACAGAAUUAUUCUUUAGAGUUCGUGCUGAGAAUCACGCUGGACUCAGUGAACCGAAAGAAAUGAUAAUUCCUGUUGUUGUGAAAGAUCAACUGGAUGCCCCUGAGUUUGAUAUGAAGAACUUCACACACAACACUGUUUAUGUGAGAGCAGGAUCAAAUCUUAAAUUUGAGCUUCCUCUUACUGGCAAACCAAUGCCAAAGGUCACAAUGACAAGAAACAAUGCUCCUGUUAAGUGUGGAAAGCGAUUCAGCUUUGAAGUAACCCCUGAAAGUCUUAAUAUUAACCUGAAGGAAAGUAUUGCAAAUGAUGCUGGAAGAUAUGACAUUGUUGCCUCAAACACAAGUGGAACAUCCAAGAUGCAUGUGAUCAUACUAGUCCUGGAUAGACCAGGUCCUCCUUCUGGUCCUGUUGAAGUUAGUGAUGUGGGAGAGACAAGCUUAUGUCUCAAAUGGCUCCCUCCUGUGUAUGAUGGUGGCAGUCCUGUUACAAACUAUGUUGUUGUCAAACGUGAAACAAGUACACCGGCCUGGACAGAAGUCUCAUCCACUGUUGCCAGAAGUGCCAUUAAAGUCACCAAACUUACAAAGGGAGAAGAAUAUCAAUUCAGGGUAAAAGCUGAGAAUCGCUUUGGCAUCAGUGACCACAUUGAUACUCAGACAAUUACAAUGAAGCUUCCAUACACUAUACCUGGACCACCAUCAACACCAUGGUUGAGCUUUGUGUCAAGGGAAACCCUUACUGUCUGCUGGCAUGACCCAGUAGUAGAUGGUGGAAGCCCAGUGUUUGGAUACCACGUCCAAAUGAAAGAAAGAAGCAGCAUCCUUUGGCAGUUGGUAAACAAAACAGCAAUCCCUGCAACUCAAAUUAGAGUGACAAAUAUAUGUCCUGGAAUGAUUUACGAAUUCAAGGUAGCUGCAGAAAAUGCAGCUGGUAUUGGAAAGUUCAGCAAGACAUCAGACGAAGUCCUAGCAAUUGAUGCCUGUGAACCACCAGCAAAUGUGAGAAUGUCUGAAGUUACCAAAAAUUCCAUUAGCCUUGUCUGGCAGAAGCCUCCCUAUGAUGGCGGAAGCAAAAUCACUGGGUACAUGGUUGAGAGAAGAGAUGUUCCAAAUGGAAGAUGGACAAAGGCAAACUUUACCAAUGUCAUUGAUACUAACUUCACGGUGUCAGGUUUGACACAGGAUCAGUCAUAUGAAUUCAGGAUCUUUGCCAAGAAUGCAGUUGCCUCAGUUAGCAACCCAUCUCUUGUUGUAGGACCAGUAACUUGUAUUGACAUUUCUGGUGCUCCAGUAAUUGACCUACCCCCAGAGUACUUGGAUGUUGUGCAAUACAAAGCUGGUGCAUCAGUCAAAAUCAAAGUGGGAAUAGCUGCUAAACCCUUACCAACCAUUGAAUGGCUUAAAGACGGAAAGGAAUUUGUGUCAAGCACACAGUUGUCAAUUGAGAACACAACUGAUUCAUCUGCUAUCCUCAUUAAGGAUUCUACUCGUCUUAAUACUGGAACAUAUGAGAUCAAAAUCAAGAAUGUGUUUGGUACAGCAUCUGCCUCUAUCAGAAUCCAGAUUCUAGACAAACCUGGACCUCCAGCUGGACAUAUUGAAUUUAAAUCAGUCACUGCUGACAAGAUAACAAUUGCAUGGGAAGCAGUGGUUGAUGAAGGAGGUGCCAAAGUUACUCAUUAUAUAGUAGAAAAGCGAGAGACAAGUAGAGUAGUGUGGUCCACAGUCUCAGAUGCAAUGGAAGAACGUACAGUCACCAUCCAAAAGUUGGCCAGAGGAAAUGAAUAUGUCUUCCGUGUCAGAGGUGUUAACAAAUUUGGGGCUGGUGAUCCUCUGGAGUCCGAUGCUGUUAUUGCAAAAAAUGCAUUUGUUACUCCUGGACAACCUGCUACACCAGAAGCAACAGAAAUCACAAGAACAUCAAUGCAGAUUGAAUGGUUUAAACCUAGUGUAGAUGGUGGUAGCGUGGUUUCAGGGUUCUAUUUGGAGAGACGUGAUAAGAAGAGCCUACGUUGGGUGAAAGUUUAUAAGGACCCCAUUAGUGAUACCAAAGCAAAGGUCCAUCAUCUCACAGAAGGAAAUGAAUAUCAGUAUCGUGUAUGUGCAAUCAAUAAAGCUGGAGAAGGUCCAUACUCAGAUGUUUCUGACUUUUACAAAGCUGCUGAUCCAGUUGACCCACCAUAUGAACCAACUAUGCUAAAGGUUGUCGACUCAACUAAAACAUCAAUCACACUUGGAUGGUCAAAGCCAGAGUAUGAUGGAGGCAGUGAAAUUACCAGCUAUAUUGUAGAGAAAAGAGUUGGUGAAGAAGGUGAAUGGACAGUGAUUAGCAAGAAGGGUGAAGUAAGAACAACAGAGUAUGUUGCUUCAGAUCUUAAACCAGAUGUUGACUACUACUUCCGUGUAUUUGCUAUUAACUGUGCUGGCCGUGGAGACCCAAUAGAAAUGGAAGAACCAGUCCAAGCCAAGGAUAUUCUUGAGGAAGCCCAGGUAGAUACAGAUGUUGCAAUGAGAACUCACUACAUCGUGAAAGCUGGUAAAGAUAUUGAAAUCAUGGUGCCAAUCAAAGGCAGACCUGCUCCAAGUGUCUCUUGGAAGAAAGAAGACCAAAACAUUGACAAUGAUCCUAAAUAUGACAUCCACAACACAAACACUUCUUCGUGUCUCAUAAUCUCGCAAGUAACUCGAAAUGACACUGGUAAAUACACUAUUAACAUCUCAAAUGGAGUAGGAGAACCGAAGUCUCUAAUAAUAUUUGUUAAAGUCCAGGACACCCCAGCUACUUGUAGGAAUUUAUUCUUGAAAGAUGUCACUCGUGGGAAAGUUACACUUUGCUGGGAGCCCCCACUACUGGACGGUGGAGCUGAAAUCACCAAUUAUGUUGUUGAGAAAAGAGACUCUUCAAAGCGUACAUAUGCCUCUAUAACAAACAAAUGCAUAGAGACCACAUAUGUUAUUGAAGAUCUCUCUGAGAAGACAUCGUUCUUCUUCCGUGUAUUAGCAGAGAAUGAGAAUGGAGUUGGAGAUCCUUGUGAAACAGUUGAGCCAGUUAAAGCCACUGAGACACCAGGUCCAGUCAAAGACAUUUCUAUGAAAGACUCCACAAAGACUUCAGUAAAACUGCAAUGGAACAAACCAGAUUAUGAUGGUGGUAGCAUUAUUACAGACUACAUAAUUGAAAAGAAACUACAAGGUGAGGAGGAAUGGGCUCCUGCUGGCACAAACAAGCACUGUGAACAUGAAAUUACAAAACUUAAGGAACUCACUGAAAUGUUUUUCAGAGUUUGUUCCAAGAAUGAAAAGGGUAAUAGUGACUUUACUGAAAUUGGACCUAUUAAAGUGAAAGACUACAUAAUUCCACCAGAAGCAAGCCUUGAUGAGUAUUCUGAUGGAAAAAUUAGUGUGCGUUUGGGACACAAUGUCCACAUUGAAUUGCCAUACAUAGGUAAACCAAGGCCAACUAUUUUUUGGCUUAAAGACAGCUUGCCAUUAAAGGAGAGUGAAAAGGUCCGCUUCAAGAAGACUGAAAACAAGGCAACUCUAAUGAUAAAGAAUGUGGAGAAAGAGAAUGGUGGUAAAUACACACUAACUCUGGACAACGGAUUCUUCAGGAAAUCAUUCCAUGUACAGGUUAUUAUCCUUGGGCCACCAUCUAAACCUAUUGGACCUAUCUGCUUAGAUGAGGUCAGAGCAGAAAGUAUUGCUAUAUCAUGGGAGGAACCAAAUGAUGAUGGAGGUGGAGACAUUUCUUGCUACACUGUUGAGAAAUGUGACACUUCUAAGAAAGACUGGAAGAUGGCUUGUUCAAGUGUGAUUGGAACAUCAUUUAAGGUGCCAAACCUGAUCAAGGGAACUCAAUAUCAAUUCAGAGUCUGUGCAGAAAAUAGAUAUGGUGUAAGUGAACCUUUAGUUUCUCAAAAUGUCAUUGCCAAGCAUGAGUUCAGACCACCAGGCCCACCAGGCAUGCCCGUGGUUUACAAUGUCACAAAUGAUGGCAUGACAAUUCAGUGGGAGGCACCCAUCUUUGAUGGAGGUUGUCCAGUCCUUGGGUUCCAUGUUGAAAAGAAGGAGAAGAACAGCAUAAUGUGGCAAAAGGUUAACACAGUCUUGGUGAAAGAAAGGGAGUACAGGAUUAAUAGUCUUAUUGAAGGCCUAGAAUACCAAUUCAGAGUCUAUUCCCAGAAUGAUGCUGGAUAUAGCCGCAUGAGUGAUGCAAGUAAUUGCGUUAUGGCUGUUUCUCCAGUUGAUCCUCCUGGUACCCCUGACUAUAUUGAUGUAACAAGUGAAUCAGUUAAACUGAAAUGGGAAGCACCCAAGCGGGAUGGUGGAAGCAAAAUUGUUGCCUAUUAUGUGGAGAAACGCCAGGGCAAGGGACGCUGGUUGAAGAGCAAUUUUUCAGAUGUCAAUGACACAGAAUUUACAGUGACUGGUCUUGCUUGUGGUGAACGCUAUGAAUUUAGAGUCAUAGCAAGAAAUUCUAUUGGCACAGUGAGCCCACCCUCUCAAUCUUCUGGAUAUGUAGUUAUCAGAGAUGAGAGCUUUGCUCCAAAUAUUGAGUUUGGCCAGGAGUACUUUGAGGGAGUCUCUAUUAAAGCUGGGGAAAACAUCAGGCUCAAAGUAACAAUCACUGGAAGACCAACACCAAAGGUUGCCUGGUUCAAAGAUGGUAUUGAAUUAACCAAGAAGAUGGUAGACAUCACAACAAUUUCUGGCUCAAGCACCCUCUUUAUCAGAGAUGCUGACCGUACUCACCGUGGUCUUUAUUCUGUGGAAGCCACAAAUCCCUCAGGAGAUAAAAAAGAAGCAAUGAAAGUUGAAGUCUUUGAUACACCUGGAGAACCUGUUGGACCAAUCAUGUUUUCAGAUAUCUCUGAGGGCAAAGUGACACUUUCAUGGAAUCCACCUGAAAAUGAUGGCUGUUCUGAAGUCACUCAUUACAUUAUUGAGAAGCGUGAAACGUCUAAAAUUUCAUGGGCACUUGUCACGGAUGAGUGCUUAAAUUGUACAUACACUGCCACUAAACUGAUCAAGUCCAAUGAGUACCAGUUCCGUGUUUCGGCAGUCAAUAGAUUUGGUGUUAGCAGACGACUGGAUUCAGCUCCUGUGACUGCACAGAUGCAAUAUACUGCUCCAGAAUCUCCUGGAACUCCAGAUGCAACAGAAGUUGAUGGAGAAAGUAUCACUAUCAGCUGGGCUCCUCCAACACAUGAUGGUGGAAAUCCAAUCCAAUAUUAUAUUGUGGAAAGACGUGAAAAGAAGACUGGUCGUUGGUUGAAGGUUCUAACAAGGAAACCCAUUGUUGAAGCAGCACACAGAGUGACUCAUCUUACUGAGAAUGUGGAGUAUGAAUUCCGUGUAUUUGCUGUAAAUGAUGCUGGAAUUGGUAUGCCAAGCAACAUUUCAAUGCCAAUUAAAUGUGCAGAGCCUACUGAAGAACCAGAUGCCCCAUCUAUUAUAAAUGUCACUGACACUACCAAUACCUCUGUUAGCUUGGAAUGGACUAAACCUGCCUAUGAUGGUGGUAUGGAAAUUCACGGCUACAUUGUUGAGAUGUGCAAAGGAUCUGAAGAGGAAUGGCACAGAGUCAAUGAGGAUCUGUGUGCUGUCACAAAAUACAAUGUCACUGGUUUGGAAACUGGUGCAGAGUACAAAUUCCGUAUUUGUGCAGUCAAUGUUGUUGGAAAGGGUGGAGCCAAAGAGAUACAUGAACCAGUACAGGCAGUAGAUAGACUUUUAGCACCAGAAAUUGACUUUGACGCAUCCUUCAAACAGAGUCACAUUGUUAAGAGUGGAGGAAGUGUAUGUCUCCGUAUUGCUUUUAAGGGAAAGCCAACACCCACAGCUUCCUGGAUAAAAGUAGAUGGAGAACUUGGCAUUAUGGCAGACAUCACCACCACUGACACAUUCACAGCUUUGACCCUGGAAAACUGCACCAGAAAUGAUACUGGAAAAUACACUCUCACUCUUGAAAACAGUAGUGGCAGUAAGUCUAUUACUGUUACAGUUAAAGUGUUGGACACACCUGGAGCACCAAGUGCUUUCUCCCUCAAGGAAGUCACAAGAGGAUCUCUCACACUUGCUUGGGAACCACCCAUCAAUGAUGGUGGUGCACGUGUUCAUCAUUACAUUGUUGAGAAGCGUGAGGCCAGCCGUCGUACCUGGACAGAGGCAGCACCUAAGACCACUCAGACAAGCUUGAGGGUUUCUGACCUCCUGGAAGGUGCACCUUACUUCUUCAAAGUCAUGGCUGAGAAUCAGUAUGGUCUUGGUGAAGCAUAUGAAAUGCCUGAUCCAGUUAUUGCCACUGCUGAACCCGCUGCACCAAAGAGAGUUGAUAUCAUUGAUACCACUGACACAACAGCAACCCUGGCAUGGCUCAAGCCAGAGCAUGAUGGAGGAAGCCGUGUCACAGGCUAUUGUGUUGAGUCGAAAGCUAAAGGCACAGAUAAAUGGGUUGUUUGUGGCACAACGAAAAUCCUAAGCCUUGUAGUUGAGGGUCUUAUAGAGAACACAGAGUAUGAAUUCCGUGUCAAAGCAAAGAAUGAUGCUGGGUUUAGUUUACCAAGAGAAGCCUUCUCUUCAGUCAUCAUUAAAGAGCCACGGAUUGAGCCUACUGCAGAUCUCAGUGGCAUCACCAACCAACUUAUUACUAGCAAGAUUGGUGGCUCAUUUGAGAUUGAUGUUCCAAUUAGCGGCAGACCAGCUCCAAAGGUAAUCUGGAAGCUUGAGGAAAUGAGGCUGAAGGAAACUGACAGGGUGUCAAUCAAGACUACCAAAAACAGGACCACGCUCAUUGUUAAGGACAGCAUGAGGGGUGAUGGAGGCAGAUAUUUCCUUACUCUUGAAAAUGUUACGGGGUCAAAGACAUUCACCAUCACUGUCAAUGUGAUUGGCAGACCAAGUCCUCCAGAGGGCCCUAUUGAAAUUUCUUCAAUUACAUCAGAGUCAUGUGUACUGUCAUGGAAUUCACCUGAGGAUGAUGGUGGAACAGAUAUCACAAACUACAUUGUUGAGAAGCGUGAAUCUGGCUCCACUGCCUGGCAGCUUGUAAACUCAAGUGUAAAGCACACUUCAUUCCAUAUUUCACAUCUAACUAAAUAUAUGCAGUACACUUUCCGCAUCUGUUCUGAAAACCGAUUUGGUGUGAGCAAACCAACGGAAUCUGAGACAAUUGUUGCAGAACAUCCAUUUGUUCCUCCUGGCCCUCCAACAAGGCCAGAAGUGUUCUCCGUAACUGCCAACAGCAUGAGCAUUCGUUGGGAGGAACCAUACCAUGAUGGUGGCAGCAAGGUCUCUGGAUACUGGAUUGAAAAGAAGGAGCGUAAUACAAUUCUCUGGGUGAGAGAAAACAAGAUUCCAUGCUUUGAAUGCUACUUUAAGGUGGAAGGCCUUGUGGAAGGUCUGGAAUACCAGUUCAGAAUUUAUGCAAUGAAUAGUGCUGGCCUCAGCAAAGCAAGUGAAGCAUCAAAGAGAGCUGUGGCACAAAAUCCAGUUGAUCCUCCAGGGAAACCAGAAGUAACAGAUGUUUCAAGAUCAACCGUGUCAAUCAAAUGGUCUGUGCCCCUAAAUGAUGGUGGAAGUCAAAUCACAGGUUACAUUGUUGAGCGCAAACCAUAUACUGUCACUGGAGAAGGUCGCUGGCUUAAGUGUAACUACACUAAUAUUACUGAAACCAAUUUCACUGUCACUGCACUUGGAGAAGGAGAGGUAUAUGAAUUCCGUGUCAUUGCCAAAAAUGCAAAUGGAGUGCUCAGCCUGCCAUCAGUUUCAACUGGACCCGUGACCUGCAAAGCAGAAUACACUCCUCCUAAAGCAGAGUUGGCCAGCAAACUCCUAGUUGACACAGUCACAAUCAGAGCUGGAUCUGAUCUGGUGCUGGAUGCUGCUGUUGGUGGUAAACCUGAACCAAAAGUCUGCUGGGCCAAGGGUACAAAAGAGCUAGAACUUUGUGAGAAAUACUCUCUCCAGUACUCUAGUACCCGUGCCUUGGCAAUCAUCAAGUUCUGUGACAGAGAUGACACUGGGAAGUAUGUUCUGACAGUAAAGAAUGCAAGUGGAACAAAAACUGCUGAGGUCAAUGUUAAAGUACUUGAUACACCUGGUCCCUGUCAGGAGAUUACAGUCAGCAAUGUGUCCAAGGAAAAAUGCACAGUGUCUUGGAAAGAGCCACUGGAGGAUGGUGGUGACCCCAUUACACAUUACGUUGUAGAAAGACGAGACACCAAUAGACUUAACUGGGUUAUAAUGGAAGCUGAAUGCAAAGCCCUUACAUACGAAAUUACAAGGCUUUUCAAGAACAAUGAAUAUAUCUUCCGUGUGAGAGGUGUGAACAAGUAUGGAGCUGGUGUGGCAGUACAGUCUACUCCCAUUGUUGCCAAAAACUCAUUCACUGUUCCAUCACCUCCUGGAGCACCAGAAAUCCUUGCAGUUGGAAAAGACUUUGCAACAAUCGAGUGGCUGAAACCUGAGAGAGAUGGUGGCAGUGAAGUCACAAACUACUUGAUUGAGAUGCGUGAAAGAAAGAGUGUGAGAUGGAUCAAGGUUAACAGAGAUUCUAUUCUCAAAGAUACAUCAUUCAAAGUCACUGGUCUCCAAGUAGGCAACAUUUACCAGUUCCGUAUUACAGCCAUGAAUGAAGCUGGUGAUAGUGAACCCAGUGAAUUGUCAAUGUAUGCAGUAUGUAGAGUACCAACAGGCUCUCCAGAUCCUCCUUCAAUUCCACGUGUUACAGACACACACAAAGAGAGUAUUUGUCUUGCCUGGACACGACCAAUUGAAGAUGGUGGGGCUGAUGUUAUUGGUUACAUUCUUGAAAUGCAAGAAGCCGGUGUAGAGGAAUGGAAAAAAGUGCAUGAAAAGAAUCUUAGGAUGACGGAACACACAGUUACUGGCUUGUCUGCUGGAAAAAAGUACUGUUUCAGAGUUGCAGCAGUCAAUAUAAAUGGAACAGGUGACUUCAGUGAUCAAUGUACAGAGACUGAGCCUGUGGAAAGAAUUGAAAUUCCUGACCUUGAGCUGCCUGAUGACCUGAAGAAGACAAUUUGCCUGAGAGCGGGAAGUUCCCUGCGCCUCCAUGUUACUAUUACUGGAAGACCAAUCCCCACUGUAACCUGGAGCAAGCCUGGUGUGGAUCUCCAAAAUCGUGGCUUUAUUGAAGUGACUAAUACUGCCACAACUCUCAUUAUUGACAAGGUCCACCGCUAUGAUGCAGGAAGAUAUACCAUUGAAGCCUCAAAUUCAGCUGGCAAGAAGGAUGCAAGCAUUCUUGUCAAAAUCUAUGAUACACCUGGUCCACCUGGUCCAAUUAAAAUGAAAGAGCUCACAAAGGAUUCUGCUCAUAUCAGUUGGGAUGCUCCUGAGGUUGAUGGUGGAGCACCGGUCAACAAUUACGUAAUUGAAAGACGAGAGGCGUCAAUGAGAGCAUACAAAACUGUCACAUCCAAAUGCAGCAAGACAUCAUAUAAAAUUACUGGUCUGAUAGAGGGAAUGCUAUAUUACUUCAGAGUCUUACCAGAGAAUAUCUAUGGUGUUGGUGAACCUUGUGAGACAGGUGAUGUUGUAUUGGUGUGUGAAGUUCCUCUGCCACCAUCCAAGCUUGAAGUUGUAGAUGUUACAAAAUCCAGUGUAUCACUGGCAUGGGAGAAACCUUUACAUGAUGGAGGCAGCAGAAUCACAGGCUAUAUUGUUGAGGCUUGUAAGGCUGGUUCUGAUAAGUGGAUGAAGGUGGCUACUUUGAAACUUUCCGAUUUUGAGUUUACUGUCAUUUCACUGAAUGAGAAUGAACAGUAUUUCUUCAGGGUACGUGCUUUUAACAGCAGAGGAGCUAGUGAGCCAAAAGAAAUUUUGACAGCUGUGUUAGUUCAAGAACAAAGAGUCAUGCCAAAGGUUGAUCUGUCAAAUAUUCCACAAAAGAUGAUCAGUGUUUUGGCAGGAAAACCACUUGAGCUUGACCUGCCAAUUAUAGGAAGACCACCACCAAAGUGCUUUUGGUUCUUUAAUGACAACAGAGUGAAGAUACAGGAGCGUGUGAAGAUAAACUCUACCGCAAAAUUCUCUAAAUUAACUAUUCUUAACACCACCAUUGAUGACAGUGGAGUGUAUACCCUGGAGGUAAAAAAUAUAACAGGAGUGAUUACUGAAAACAUCAAAGUCAUUAUUCUUGAUAAACCUGAUGAGCCACAGGGACCAAUCCGUUUUGAUGAAAUUGAAGCAACUUCAGUCACAGUAAGCUGGGAUCCACCUAAGAGAGAUGGUGGUGCUCCAAUCACUAACUAUGUGGUUGAGCAACGUGAUGCUCAUCGCCCAGGAUGGGUACCUGUGUCAGAAUCAGUUAGCAGACCAACAUUCAAGUUUAACAGAUUGACAGAGGGCGAUGAAUAUGUGUUCCGAGUCGCUGCUACCAAUCGCUAUGGCACUGGGGAGUACUUGCAGUCAGAAAUAGCAAUGUGCAAGAGCUCCAAAUCCAUUCCAGGGCCACCUGGCAGACCUAUUGUAUUUGAUGUAUCACGUGAUGGCAUGACUGUUGCGUGGGAGCCACCAGAUGAGGACGGAGGCUUAGAGGUGUCAGGCUACAUUAUUGAACGCAAAGAGGUCAGAUCAGAUAGGUGGAUUCAUGCUAAUAAGAAUCCAAUAACAAUGACAAGAUACAGAUCCACCGGUUUGAUUGAAGGCCUGGAAUAUGAACACAGAGUGACAGCCAUCAAUGCUCGUGGUGUAGGCAAACCCAGUCUUCUUUCUAAACCAGCUGUUGCAACUGAUCCAGUUGAUCCACCUGAAUCACCUCAAAACCCACGAGUCACAGAUACCACAAAAUCCUCUGUCUCUUUGGCCUGGAGUCCUCCAGACGAAGAGGGUGGUGCUAAGGUUACAGGCUAUUUGAUUGAGAUGCAAAAGGUUGGUUCAGUAACCUGGAUAAAGUGCAACACUACACCUUCACUGAUCUGCGAAUAUACUUUAACACAAAUGCCACAAGGAGAGGAAUUCAAAUUCCGUGUCAUGGCUUGCAAUGCUGGUGGACCAGGUGAACCAGCUGAAGUACCAGGAGUUGUGGCUAUAACAGAGAUGCUUGAGCCUCCAAGUUAUGAUCUUGAGGCAAAAUACAAAGACGUCCUUUUAGUCAGAUCUAGAGGAGUCAUCAAACUUUCAGUGCCUAUAAAAGGUAAACCUACUCCUACCUGCAAAUGGACUAAGGACGGAUCAGAGGUGAUUAGCCAUGCAAUGAUUGCUUCCACUGAAGACGUAACCGAGCUUAUCAUCAAAGAGGCAGAAAGAUCUGAUUCUGGUGUUUACCAUCUCCAUAUGGAAAACAAGUGUGGCAAAAAGAUGUUGCCUAUCAAGGUAAAGGUUAUUGGCCGUCCAGCUGCACCAGAGGGCCCUCUUGGAUUUGAUGAUAUACAAGCACAUUCUGUCAGAGUUAGUUGGAAACCACCAAGAGAUGAUGGUGGUGCUGAAAUUAUUGGCUACAUAGUGGAAAGACGUGAAGUACCAAAAGCAGCUUGGUAUACUGUUGACUCACGAGUGGUUGACACAUCCCUUGUGGUUAAGGGACUCCAAGAAAAUUUUGAAUAUCAUUUCAAGGUGACAGCAGAGAACCAGUUUGGAAUCAGCAACUCCCUUAAAUCUGAGGAAAUAAUUGUUCCAAAGACUCCAAUUUGUGUACCAGAGGCUCCAGGUACUCCACCAGAGAUCAUGGAUGUUACAAAGGGUUCUGCUGCUUUGGCUUGGGCUAAACCCAAAGAUGAUGGUGGAUCUCGCAUUACUGGUUACUUCAUUGAGUACAAUGAAGUGUCAGCUGAUAAGUGGAUUCGUCAUGAGACAAAGAUUACCUCAACAAUGUACACCAUCAGUGGGCUCAGUACUGAUGCCGAGUAUCAGUUCCGUGUUGUUGCUGUGAAUGACAUUGGAGAGAGUGAACCAGGACCUUCAUCAGAUUCAGUUAUAUGCAAAGAUCCAUUUGAUAAACCAAGCCAGCCAGGAGAAAUUGACACUGUAAUUGUAACCAAAGACUACAUUACAAUUCGCUGGGAGGCUCCAGAGUGUGAUGGUGGAAAACCAGUCCUUGGCUACUGGAUUGAAUGCCGAAAAUCUGGAGAGAGUGCUUGGAAGAAAUGCAAUAGGGAGCGCACAAAGGACAAGCAGUACACUCAGAGUGGUCUACAAGAGGCAACUGAAUAUGAAUUCAGGGUUUUUGCUGAAAAUGAAACUGGAAUCAGCAGACCACGCCGAACAGCAAUUGGUAUCAAAACUAAACUGGGUGUUGGAACUAAACCAGGUCUCAGGAAAGAAAUGGAUGAAGUCACUGCCAAACUUGGACAGACUGCAACUCUCAAAUGCCAGAUUAUUGGAAGGCCUGUUCCAGAAAUUAAAUGGUACAAGGGUGGAAAGGAAAUCAAAGAAGGUUUCAAAUAUGCUGCAACUUCUGAUGGCCGCAACCAUACACUGACCAUUUCAACAGACCAACAGGAAGAUGAGGGUCUGUAUACAUGCAAGGCUGUAAAUGAAGCCGGUGAAUGCGAGACCAGUGGGACAUUGGUUCUUGAAGCAGCACCACAGUUCCCAGUGCCACUGAAAGACAAAUACUUUGCAACAUGUGGUAGCACAGUGCGCAUUCAUGCAGUUUAUAUAGGCCGUCCACAGCCUAAGAUCAUGUGGCUUUAUGGAGCCAAAGCUCUGGAGCCUUCUGAGAAUGUCAUCAUUGAAAAUACUGAGCAUUACACUCAUUUGAUUCUCAAGAAUGUACAGCGCAGAGUAAAUGGAGGAAAAUACAGAAUCAGGAUUAACAACCACUUUGGGUCUGCAGAUACUGUAGCUCAAGUUGAAAUCUUAGAUAAACCUGCUUUGCCAGAAGGCCCUCUUGUUCUCGAUGCUCUCUUGAAGAAUUCUGUAAUCAUUAGUUGGAAACCACCUAAAGAUGAUGGAGGAUCUAUGAUCACAAAUUAUAUUGUAGAAAAGCGUGAAGACAAGGAGGAUGCAAAGUGGAAACUUGUAUCAUCAUCCAUAACAGGCACUUCAUGCAGAAUUCCUAACCUUGUUGAAAAUGAAGGGUACUACUUCCGUGUUUCAGCACAAAAUCGUUAUGGCAAUAGUGAAUCAUUGGAGACUCCUUCUGCUAUCCUUAUCAAGAGUCAGCUAGAAAGACCAGGGGCUCCAUUUAAACCAGUCGUUUCUGGACUGACCAAAAACUCUUGUGUUGUAUCUUGGAAGCCACCUCUCAGUGAUGGAGGCUCUAAAAUUAAGACCUACUGUCUUGAAAAGCGAGAUAAGAAGAAGGGUGAAUGGGCUGCAGUCACAACAGAUGAAAUCCAUCAGACCGUUUAUUCUGUCAAGGGCCUAACAGAAGGUGUUGAGUAUGAAUUCCGUGUAAAAUGCGAAAACCUUGGUGGAGAAAGUGACUACAGUGAAGGAUCUGAUCCUGUCAUUCCAAAGACUGAUGUUGAAGUACGUGCUCCUGCAUUCAAGGAAGACCUCAGAAACAUGAGUGUGAAAUUAAAGAGCAAUGCAACAUUAGUCUGCAAGAUAACAGGGCAGCCCAAGCCUGUAAUAAAAUGGUUUAAGCGUGGUAAGGAAAUUCAGGCUGAUGGCACCAAAAUCAAGAUCCAAGAAUUCAAGGGAGGCUACCAACAGCUUGUUAUUGCUGAUUGUGAUGCAGAAGACUCAACUGUAUAUCAGAUCAGAGCAACAAACCAGGGUGGCUCUAUUUCUGCUACAGUUUCUCUAGAUGUAGAAGUUCCUGCUAAGAUUCAUCUACCCAAGAAUCUGCAGGGUAAGGAGGCUAUUCCUGCCCUUCGCGGUGAAGUGGUGAACAUUAAGAUUCCAUUCAGUGGAAAACCAGAUCCAGUUAUCACUUGGCAGAAAGGACAAGACCUUAUUGAUAAUAAUGGACACUAUCAAGUCAUUGUCACAAGAUCAUUCACAUCUCUCCUAUUCUCGAAUGGAGUUGAAAGGAAUGAUGCUGGUUUCUAUAUUGUGUGUGCCAAAAACAGAUUUGGAAUUGACCAGCAAACAGUCGAGCUUGAUGUUGCAGAUGUACCUGAUCCACCACGUGGAAUCAAAGCCAGUGAUGUUUCAAGAGAUUCUGUUACACUACAGUGGGUAGCACCUGCCAAUGAUGGUGGCAGUAAAGUCACAAACUAUAUCAUAGAAAAGUGUGCCACAACAGCAGAAAGGUGGAUUCGUGUUGGCCAGUCUCGUGACACCCACUACACUGUUGUAAAUCUGUUUGGCAAGACAAGCUACCAAUUCCGUGUCAUAGCUGAAAAUAAAUUUGGUCAGAGUGCACCAUCUGAAACAAGUGGACCUGUUGUGACAAAGGAAGAUAAAUCAAGAGUUCUAAACUAUGAUGAAGAAGUUGAUGACACCAGACCUGUCUCUAAGAGCAAAGCUCCUCAUUCAGAAGCUAACAAUAUUCACAACAAAUACAUGAUUGCUGAAGAGCUUGGUCGUGGACAGUUUGGUAUUGUUCACCGGUGUAUUGAGACCAGCUCUGAGAAGACUUACAUGGCCAAAUUUGUCAAAGUAAGAGGUUCAGAUCAGGCACUAGUAAAGAAAGAAAUUGCAACACUGAAUGUGGCACGCCACAAGAACUUCCUGCUACUGCAUGAGUCAUUUGACAGCCCUGAAGAGCUAGUCAUGAUUUAUGAGUUCAUCUCUGGUGUGGACAUAUUUGAGCGUCUUGGUACAGCCAACUUUGAGCUCAAUGAGCGUGAAAUUGUUAGUUAUAUCAAACAAGUAUGUGAAGCUCUUGAAUUCCUUCACAGCACAAGUUAUGGCCACUUUGAUAUCAGGCCUGAAAAUAUAGUGUACACCACAAGAAAGGGAACUAAUGUCAGGAUAAUUGAGCUUGGACAAGCUAGACACCUUACACCUGGGGACCAAAUGAAGAUUCAGUACACAACAGCUGAGUUUGCAGCACCAGAAAUCCAUCAAAAUGAGAUGGUUAGCACUGUUACAGAUAUGUGGUCUGUCGGUGUACUUGUGUAUGUACUUCUCAGUGGAAUUAAUCCAUUCGCUUCUGAAACUAAUCAGCAAAUGAUUGAGAGUAUUUACAAUGCUGAGUACAGUUUUGAUGAUGAAGCCUUUAAAGAAGCAAGUGUAGAGGCACUAGAUUUUGUGGACCGUUUACUUACCAAAGAACGCAAACAUCGCAUGACUGCUGCUGAGGCUUUGAAUCAUCCUUGGCUGACAAUGAACACAGAACAGCUAAAUGCUAGGCCCAUCAAUAUUUCUCGGCAUAAGAGAUAUUAUCAAGCCAUGGUGAAGAAAGAAUGGAACACAGUUGUUUCAUCUGCUCGUGUUGCCAGUGGUGGUGCUAUCAGAAGUCAGCGAGGAGUAACAGCCGCUAAAGUGAAAAUUGCGCCAUUCGAACAUGGUCCAGUUGCAGGACAAAUUAAACAUUGUGUUGCAGAUGAAGGUGAUGAUAUCAAGUUGAUCUGCAACAUUGAGAAUUAUGAUAGCAAUACUGAAGUAACAUGGUACUGUGGAGUAAGACAACUGGAAGAAAGUGCAAGAUAUGAAAUAACAUAUGAAGAUGGGCUUGCUACCAUAACUAUCAAGGGAAUCACCAGAACAGAUGAUGGAACAUACAGAUGUAAAGUUGUCAAUGAGUAUGGUGAGGACAGUGCCUAUGCUGAGCUAUUUGUUAAAGGAAUAAGAUCCUAUCGUGAGUUCUUCACUUCACGUGUGGUCAAGAAAGUUAAACGCAGAGUAGACACUACAAGACUGCUCCAAAGACCUCCUGAAUUUACAUUGCCAUUGUGCAACCGCACUGCUUACAUCAAAGAGGAUGUGCGCUUUGGUGUCACCAUCACAGUGCAUCCUGAACCUCGUGUAAUGUGGUUAAAAUCUGGUCAAAAGAUUGUUCCAGGAGAUGAUGACAAGAAAUACAAAUUUAUUAGCGACAAGGGCCUGUAUCAGUUAGUGAUUCAUAAUGUUGACCCAGAUGAUGAUGCGGAAUACACUGUUGUGGCACGGAACAGAUUUGGUGAUGACAGCUGCAAGGCACGUCUCAAAGUGGUCCCUCGUCCUGCUCCUGCUGAUAAUACUUUGAGGCCUAUGUUCAAACGACUUCUCGCUAACUUGGAAUGCAGAGAAGGCCAGAGUGUAUGCUUUGAAAUGCGAGUGUCAGGACAUCCAUCACUGAAAUGGGAAAAAGAUGGCAUGCCUUUGGCAUUCGGUCCACAAAUUGAAAUUGUCCAUGAAGGGUUGGAUUACUAUGUCUUACAUGUAAGAGAUACACUGCCAGAAGAUGCUGGCACAUACAGAGUCAUUGCAACUAAUUCAGCUGGAUCUGCAAGUUGCCAAUCUACACUCAAGGUUGAACGUGUGGCACAUGUAAAGAAGGACUUGGAGAUAGAUGAAGAAAAGAAGAAACCAGAUUAUGAUCAGCAACAGAUGGACAAGAAAGUAAGACUUUCUCAGAUUCUUGCUGGUGCAGAUGUUACCCCACUUACUCCAGUUGCACAGCAAGCACUAAGAGAAGCUGCAACUAUGUUUAAGCCAGCAAUCACUACCAAGAAAACAAAGAGUGAAGCUGAAGAGGCCAAAGAGAAAGAGGAGAAAAAGAGGAGAGCAGAGGAGAAGAGGUUGAGAAUGCCAUAUGUUGUUCCUCCACCUCGUGUCAUUGCUCCAACUGCCCUUGAGGAGGACAUGGAAAUCAAACACUUUGUGCCAUUCUCUGAUAUGAAGUGGUACAAGAAACUCCGUGAUCAAUAUGAGUUCCCAGAGCCGAUGGAAAAGCUCCCUCAGAAAAGACUUAAAAGGAUCCGGCUAUCAAGGUGGGAUCAGUUCUAUGAAGUACCCCUUCCAAGAAUUAAAGACCAAUACAAGCCAAAAUGGCAUAUUCCAACUGUUUCACAGGAUGACCUUGAGACUGUAAGACCAGCAAGACAUCGCACCCCUUCUCCAGAAAUGGAGGCUUACUACAGAAUCAGGAGACGCUCACUUGGUGAUCUUUCUGAUGAGGAACUGCUUCUUCCUGUUGAUGAAUACCUAUCAAUGAAGAGAACAGAGGAAGAACGACUUAAACUUGAGGAUGAACUUGUGUUAGGCUACUCUGCUUCCCCACCAAGUUUGAGCCCUGUUCGCUUCGAACUCUCUGCACUGCGUCAUCCAUCACCUAAGAGAGCUGCAUAUGACGAGGAGGAAGGAGAGGAGGUUCCAACAUAUGACUCAUACCGUAUUCCCUCUAAAUAUGAGUCUGGCACAAGCUAUAUUGACUUGCGUCAGCGUCAUGACAAGGCAACAUACAGACCUCCUAGACAAAAGCAAAGGUUAUAUGAAGAAAAAGAGGACCAUGAACUACUUAGAUCAGUAACUACCACCACUAGGUUAACUUCCUACAAAAGCCAACUGCAGCACAUGGAAUUUGAGGAGAAAACAAAGGUCAAAAGAAAGGAGAAAACAAGGGUUUCUGUGCCAGUAAUAUCUGAGGGAGAAGCUGAUUUGCCUACAACAGCAUUUUCUCCUGGCUUUGUUAGAGUCACUCGUCCUAAGUCUGAGAAGCUUUCUUCAGCUGUGACUGGGAAAGAAGUGGAAAGUGUUAGAACCGUUUCCUCUGAAAAGUCACAUCCACGUUCCCCCAGCCUUGAUUUGACUGAGAAACCAUCAUCUACACCAGACUUGUCAACAAAAGUUGAUUAUUUGUCAAGGUAUGAGGAAAGAAAGAAAGCAAUGAAAACUGAGAAGAAGUUUGAAAUUGUGACCCAACCGCCUUUCAGCCUUGACCAUGUUCCCAGAGUGACUGUAAGAAUGCGCUCUCACCGUGUGGCAAUUGGUCAAAACACCAAGUUCACAUUGAAUGUCCAGUCUAAGCCAGAAGCACAGAUUAAAUGGUACCACGAUGGACAGCAGAUUGAAGAAAGCAGGAAGUAUCGUAUGUUUAACAUGAGUGGUGUUUUGUCUCUUCAAAUCAUUGAUUGUCAGGAAGAGGACAGUGGCACCUACCGUGUCGUCUGCACAAAUGCAAAGGGAGAGGCCUCUGACUAUGCCACUCUGGAGGUUGCUGGAGGAGGAUUUUCUGCAUAUGCCUCACAGCGCAAAGAUGAGGAGCCACCAACUCCCUUUGUCCCUGAGAUGACAAAAACUGAUGUUUAUCAUGUUUCAUCCAUAAAAGCAGCAAUCACAUCAGAAACUGAUGUUGAAAUAUCUGAAACUAGAACGGAAACAAUUAAGACUAGCAUUCAGGAGGAGCAUGCAACAUCUGAAAUCAGACUUGAAGCUAUGGAUGUGACAACAGUUGAGGAAGUUAUAAUUGAGGAAACAUCUGAGACUAAACUUGAAGCUACAGAAAGGACAACAGUAGAGGAAGAAGUGGUUGAGAAAAAGAAGCCAACUCUUCCAGCUACAAUUCUGACUAAACCACAGUCACUCACAGUAUCUGAGGGAGAAACAGUCAAAUUCACAUGUGAUGUUGAUGGUGAACCAGCACCAACUGUUACAUGGAUGCGAGAGGCAGAAAUAAUUGUGCUUUCUCAUCGUCACCAUAUUACCUCAACUGAAUAUAAAUCUACCUUUGAGAUUACCCAAGUUGAAAUGUCAGAUGGUGGUAAUUACACUGUUGUGGUCCAGAACGCUGAAGGGAAACAGGAGGCACUGUUCAGUCUAACUGUUCGUAAACCAACACCUGUACAGAAAGUUGUUGCUUCACCUCCAAGGGUGAAGUCUCCAGAGUCUCCCCGUAUAAAAUCACCAAUUGGAAUUAGGUCUCCACAGAGAAUAAAAUCUCCUGAACCAAUCAGAUCUCCACAAAGAGUUAAGUCUCCACCUAUGGUAAAAUCACCGACGCUACAGGAAAGAACAUCCAAGCCAACCUUCUCAGCAGAACUGAAAGACAUCUCAGCUUCUUCAGAUGCUAUUAUAAAGCUGACAGCGAAAGUUACUGGUGAGCCAAAACCAGCAAUCUCUUGGAAGAAGGAUGGAAAGAGCCUCUCCCAGGGUGGAAAAUAUGAAAUCUUUGAAGAACAUGGUUCAGCACACCUUGAAGUCUAUGACUCUGAUGUCUCUGAUAGUGGAGUAUACACAUGUACAGCCAAAAACAGUGCUGGAUCUGUUACUACAAGCUGCACUGUUACUGUGCAAGCAGUUGUCAAGGAAGUCAAAGCAGAGUUGACUGAAGAAAUUGCGAAAAAGGAAAUUGCCUAUGAGGAAGUGCAGUCCUUUACAGAAAUUAAAGCAUCAAAAACCCAAAUGACAAUGAGUCAAGGUCAGAUGGUCACAUUACAAGCUAACAUCCCUGGGGCCUCUGAUGUGAAAUGGAUCCUAAAUGGAGCCGAGCUAUCAAAUUCAGAGGACUACAGAUACGGUGUGUCGGGCAACAAUCACACUUUGACAAUUAAAAGCACCAGGAACCAUGACCAGGGAAUUCUCACAUGUGAGGCCAGAACUGAACAUGGUGUGGUCAAGUGCCAGUUUGACACAACAGUCAAAGAAAUGCAUUCAGAUGCUCCCAGCUUCCUUGCGCAACCUCGAUCCCAGAAUGUUAAUGAGGGACAAAAUGUCACAUUCUCAUGUGAAAUCACCGGUGAACCUUCUCUUGAAAUUGAGUGGCUCAAGGAUAAUGCAGUUAUAUCUAUUACAUCAAAUAUGAAGUUGAGCCGCAGUAAGAAUGUGUACAAACUUGAGGUUCUCAAUACUACCAUUGAAGACAGUGGGAAAUACACCAUAAAAGCGAAAAACAAAUUUGGACAGUGCUCUGCAACAGCAUCGCUGAAUGUCAUUGCUUUGAUUGAGGAACCUGCCAAAAUGAUUAUUGUGGAGAAAGGCUCUGAUGCUACCAGCAUGCAGGGCAGCUACUCUGGCAAGCAUGUGGUAUCAAAAAUGCAAGAGACAUCCUUCAGCAGCUCCAGCAUGGCUGAGGUUAAAUUUGAGAGCAUGUCAUCAUCUAGCAUGACCUCCAUGACUUCUGAAAAAAUGAUAGCUAUGAGCUCCAGCAGUAUGAUGGCAAUGUCCAGUCACUCGCAGUCGCAUGUUGAGGGGUCAUCCAUCAGAGCUGUUACUUAUGGCCUUAAAGGUGCACCACCAAAGAUUGAAGUUACCCCUGAAGAUAUCAGUAUUGAGCCUGGGAAGGUCCUAACUGUAGCUUGUGCUUUCACUGGAGACCCAACUCCUUGUAUAGAAUGGUCACAUUCAGGAAUGACAUUGUCCAGCAAGGAGGAGAGUGGAAGGUUCCAGAUUGAGACAUCUCAAGAUCUCACCACUCUUGUUAUUAGUGGCGUAAAAGAGACUGAUGCUGGUGCAUACACCUUAAAACUUUCUAACGAGCUUGGAUCUGAUACCGCUAUCGUCAACGUCAGCAUUCGAUCUAUGUAAUUCGAUCAAUGUAUAUAUAUAUAUAUAUAUAUAUAUAUAUAUAUAUAUAUAUA